CUCAAAGAGAUCUUGGGCUUUCUGUGACGGCCAUCGCCAUUGUGCGAAGGGUAUCACGGGGCAUUGCUACUCUUUCCCACGCUGCAAUUCUUGAUCACACCUUUUACCGUUGGAUUUGCUCCUGUGCCAGUCCAAAGACGAGCAGAGAGAGAGAGAGAACAAGCAAACCCACACUGAUCCUCGUUUCCACCUUGCCAAAGCCAGGAGCAAGCAAGCAAGCCUCGUAUUUGCAUAGCUUCUGCUGGGUUUGAUCUUCGAAAUCUACCUCCGGAUGGGGACGAAUCAAUCUCUCUCUCUCACACACACACACUCACAAACGCACACACGAAAAGCCGCCUCUAAAGUCAACCUGAAGCAACCCUUCGGGCUGUAAAGCAGCCACGUGGAGCCUUUGCUUCUGGGGGUGGUGGUGGCGGCGGCGGCGACUUCCUGCUUCAUUUUAGCAAGCUGGGCUGAACAUUAGCAAGGAAGAAGAGAGCGGUGGAAAAAAAGGGGGGGGAGUGAAGACUCAACACGGGAGAUACAAAGAGAACAGGAAAAACCAGAAAGCGGGGCGUGUUGGAGGGGGAGAGGAAAAAGAGGUUCUUUAAAAAAAAGAAAAAGUUUUUUGGGUUUGCAAGGAGAGAGCAGAGCGAGCAGCAGGAGUCGAGGAAGGAGAGGAGGAGGCGGCGGCGGCGGCAGCAGCAGCAGCUCGAAAAAGACUGAGGGGAGGAGUGAGGAGGAGAAGCGAAGCUGCAGGGAGGGAGCGCGAGUACGAGCAAGGCUCGGCGCCAGGCGCCUGCUGCCUCGGAGAGAGAAAGAGAGAAGGAGAAAGGCGGCAGUACAGUAGUGAAAGAGGGAGGAGGAGGAGGAGGGGAGGGAGGGAAGCCACGCAGAGCGCAGCUCGGCACAAGUGAGGAGCAACAACAGCAGUCGCCGGGAGGGGGGUGGGAACGGCAGCGAGGAGCCCGGCGGCUUCGGCGGCGGCUUCGGGGAGCUCGUCGGGGGGCUGGCGCUGAGGAUGCGGCUGAAGCUGGGCUUCCUCUUGCGCGCGGUGCUGCUGCUCGGCUCCUUCCUGGGGCUGCUGCUGCUCUGGUCGUCGCUCUCGCCCCGCGCCGAAGACCCCAGCCCGGGGGACAGGAUCCGGGUGAGUCGCUGCUUCCCGGCCGAGGGGGCGGGCGAGCGGACCCCCAACCCCCGGCGGCCCUUCUUCCCUCGCUGCCUGCCGCCCGGGCCGAAGCCCUCUUUCUCGCUGCCUGUGUGCCUUCCUCUUCAGCCUGGGCCGGCGGGCCGGGAGGGGGCGGCGGCGGCGGCGGCUGUCCCUGCCCAGGCUGAGGCCUGUGGCGUUGGCGAGGCCUGAGAAAGGGGGACUCGGGCGGCUUCGGACGGGCGGUCUGCCGUAAGCCGCGGGCGCCCCCUCGCCGCCUGCUGGUAGGGGAAGAGCUGCCUGGCGCCGGCUCCCCAAGCAGGUGGGCAGGCGGCGGCACACGCCGUAAGUUAGUCCCGGCUCCUUCAGGUGCGCUGCCGCUUCGCCCCAGACCUUUGACCUCUCAAUUGCGCUUAAUUGCGCCCUCCUGUGUGAGCUGGUUGUGGGGAGGCGAGCGGUGAACUCUGGCUGGGACUGGCGCCCUAACUGCUUCGCCCACUCGCAGUAGAAGGUGGCUGGGGCGAGAUGUGGGCAUUUCUAUAGGUCUAGGAGUGUGUACUGUUUGCCCAUGGAGUAGGGUGGUGGUGGUGGUGGUGGAGGUCCGGUUUUCACAUUAAUGUCUACUUUAUAUUCUGUUUUCUCUGUGUUUAUUUUACUCCCCAAAAGAUGCAUAAUCCCGAUAACUAUCACGGAUUAGGGGCUCCACUAUAACUACCGCAAGGAUAGUUGAAACUUCCUGGACCAACUGUGGUAUGAGGCCCUGUGUAAAUGCCAUACCUGGCAGAUAAGAGGAACAGAACAUGGCAUGCAUCAGUAGCUCAUUUAAACCAGGUCAUCUCACCUGCUUGUGUACUUGCAGCAUGUUGGGAAUUUGAACUCAGCAGGUGUUAUGUUGGCAUCCAACACUGCCAGCUGGCAGUCCAGUCCUGUGCACUUGUUCAGAAGUCUACAUGAGUUCAAGGGGACUUUUAAGUGUUUGUGUGCAGUUGUAGUGAUUGAGAGCCUGGUCCAAAUGAGAUAAGGCAGAUGUGCAAAGCUUCACAGCUAAGUUCUUCUCGUGUGGUGUCACGUUUAAACGGAGCCUGCGUAAGCAGGCCUGGUGGUGUUAAGUAGCAGUGAAUAUAAAUUUUGUAAUGCCAACACUGCAGAGUUGCUACUCAUUUUACAAGUCCUGCAUCUGUUCCUUUUAUUGCUGCCGAAACCAGGAAAAAGAAAAGCUAGUGAAGCUUAUUGCAGUGUGUUUUUCAAAGUCAGAAAAAGUUCCACGGCUGAAUUUCUGUGUGUUGGGUUGCUGUUAAAGGCAUACAGUAAGGGCCAUAAAACAAGAUAGUAACCAUGUUGAAGUUCGGGUAAUGUUGUAGAUGCAGUUCUCUCCUUACAUUGUGACUUUGCAUGAUAUGGUUGAAGAAAAUUUUCCUUCUUGAAUCAAGUAGUAGAAGCAGUGCACUUCCUUAACUGCUUGGUUAUUUCCACAUCAGCUAGAUUUAGCCUUCUUCACAUUAGUUACUAGGUGGCAGUGUGUGUUUAUUUUUAAACUUAAUGGCAAGGCGCUGACUCAAGUACACGCAGUCAACAUAAUUAACACAACAUUUAACUGCUAAUGGUAUACACUCUCAUACAUCAGCCCCAAGGUUGCUUUCCAGCACCUCUAGAAUGUGCUCCCUCUGGAAAUGUAUAUAAGUGCCCAAGUGUAGAAGGGUUCUGUAAAUCAUCACUUUCUCUUGUCUGACCUUUUCCCGAUUGACUCCUUAAUGAUUUAAGCUUGCUUUGUUUUCAGAUUAGUGUAUAAUUUCUCAGUGAAGACUUAUAUUUAACUGUAUCAUAAACCUAGAGCAGAAAUACAGAUUUAAUAACACACGCACAUUAGUAGCACAUCAUUUAUGAGAAUAUUGGAGCAACCAUACAUGUGCAGUGCUCUGAUGCCACAUGAGCCACAAUGCUUUUGACCUUGUAUUGUGAGGCAUUUCAUUUUCAAUAAACAGUUCUUCCUGAAGUGCCAGCUGUGGAGAAUUUCCUUCCACCAACAAAAUAUUCUAGUUCAGGGAUAGCCAAAGUAGUGCCCUCCUGAUGAUGAUGGAUUUGAAAUUGCUUUGCUAGUGGGGAGAGGAAAUUCAAUAACAGGUCUUUCUCUGGCAUUGGAGCUGCUCAAGGGACCAUAGGACUGCAGGGCCCAUCUUUUUAUUUGCUCUUUGACUUAUAGUGGAUGAAUUUUCAAGCUUUUGACUAAUGAGAUCUGCAAACUUACCUGAAAACUCAGAGUCAUAGGAUUCUAAAAACUAAAGUUUCAUAGGCCACAUUUGUUUGAGCAGUGACUUUAGUUUUACAAACUCCUGUACUGUUUUUGCUGGCAGAAGAAUUCCAGUGAGGAGGUACUUCCAUUGCCUCAUUAUUCAGACUGAAGGUGCUAAGGGGCAGAAGAAAAACCUAAGGCUUUCUGCAUAUGCUCUUGCACUCAUAUUUUGCCUCACUGCCUGUUAGUCCCUAAAGAAGUACUUAGUGGUGUUUAGUUUUGUUUGCUUGAGUGAACCCAGCCGGAUAUUUCUGCAAAUGACAGUGCUGCAUUUACAGCAUAGAACAGUUAAAGUGAGGUCACACUUAAUGAGCUCUAGGGCUGAAGUAAGUAUGGAAAUUGGUUUCUAAAGAAGAUUGCAUUCAAAAAUUUAUAAGUGCCAUUGUUUAUCAUGUACUGUUCCUUAAUGCAACAAUUUGGACAUUAAAUGUAAUUUUCACAACCCUUAACAUCAUAGAUCAGUGGAAUUUUUAAAAAAUUGGGUAUGGGUCCUCAAUAUAAACAUGUUCUUGCUUUUAAAGCCAGUAAAUGUUCUGACUUUCUGUUUUCAAAACGUUAAAGGCUCCUUUUAACCAUUGCAAAAACCAUGAUCUUUAUAAAGUUCUGUCUUUAUAAUACUGAAAGACCUAUAGGGUAGAGAGCAAGGGCUUGAAUUGCCAGGCUUCUGUCUUCUUUGCUCUGUGCCAGACUGCACUGUGAUACCUCAGAAGUCAAAUGGAAUCCGUUCCAGAGGCCGUUCGACUUCCAAAAUGUUCAGAAGCCGCGUCAGACAUUCGGGUUCCAAAUAAGGUUCGCAAACCGGAACACUCACUUCCAGGUUUGGAGCAUUCGGGAGCCAAAAUGUUCAACUCUCAAGGUGUUCAGGAUCCAAGGUGCGACUGUAUAAAGUGCAGCAGGACAGUGAAAGGCGUAUAGGAACAUAGGAAGCUGCCUUAUAUUGAGUCAGGCCAAGUAGUCCAUCUACCUCAGUAUUUUCUGCACAGACUGGCAGCAGCUGUCCAGGGUUUAAGACUGCUGUAUUUUCCCCAGCCCUACCUGGAGAUGCCAAGGAUUGAACCUGGACCCUCUGCAUGUAUGAAUGUUACAAAAACUAUAAUUUGAACAUUCUGCAGAGAAACUUCCUUUUAUUGUUGUUGAUUGUAGUUGCAAUCCCACACAAUAGGGUUUUAGCCAAAUACUGGACUGUAGUCUGUGCUGGACUAUAGACUUUGUGUAAAGAAGCAUUCAGUGCUACAAGACUGUUUUCUAAAAAAUAAUUGUUUAGCAGUGAACUGUCUGCUUUUGGGGCAGUGUGCCAUGAAAUUGGUUUACAUGUAGUUCACUGAAAAAAUAACAUCCUCACCAAUGUGUUAUACAUAUGGACAGAGCACAGAUUGUUAAAGUGAGAGGUGCAAUUCCAGCUGUAUAUGGAAAAUAUUGCUGAUAGAAUAUGAAAAAAUGGAAGGAAGAACAAGCCUCAAACAGGGCCAUAAAUCACAGCUCUCUGACACUUGUAUGGCUUGUGAAAUCCUGGACAGCUGAAUACCUUGGUUGCAGAAUUUCCUCUUAAACAUGUGUUGCCGGUAGCUUGUAAAAAAUAGUAUUCUGUGAGGCCAGGCCAAAGAAACAGAUUUGCAGGUUCAACAACUCUGUGAACUUUUAUAGAGAAUCUCUGUAGUUUAGAAUCUAUAUUAAACUAAGCCAGUUCAUUCUAAGCAAGAAAUGAGCUAUUUCACCAUAGUGACUGGAUGUUGUAGGCACUGCCUCAGGUAAGUUAGGGUUCAGAGUAGAAAAUGUCUUUUAAAAUAAAAUUGCAAGUUGUGAGAACACGGAAAGGAAGAAUAAUAAAGCAGCUACCACAUUAAAAGGCUGAUGCUGUUGAUCCCCCUAAUCGUGCUGUUAAGGGGGAUUGUGGAAGGGCUGCUGAAGGGGAGAGGGUUUGGCAUAAGGAAACUCCAGCAUGUUUUGUGCAUGAAUUCAUGUUUCAAACCCUAGGGGAUCUUGCUUUAUCUCUGUUCCCCUCAGUGUGAAGAUCUGUUCCUGUAAACUCAUGACAUUUCCAUUUAAAGUAGCUGAAAUCUGUUUCUAUAAUAGGGCUUAUUAAAAGUGUUAGUAAGUUGUACUGUGGGGGGGGGGAGAGAAAUUAUGAUCUCUGCCAAUGAUAUUAAGUAGGUGUAAUGUCUUCUGAGUAAAAAGUGUUUCUCUGAAAGUAAGCUUAUGACUGGUGCUCGGGGCAAAGUGAAUGUUACCAUGGGAAUUUCAUAUUUGGAGUUCCCCACAGAUUUUUCCCUUUUAAAAAAAUCAAAAAGGUGCAAAGAAGUAAAAGGUAAUUUCAUCUCUGUGUGUUAACCCUUUGCCCCCUUAGUGAUUCUUUGACUUAAUUCCCCUUCUACUCUAAAGCUGCAUAAAAUCUAGGUUGGCUCCUGCCUCCUUUAUGGGUGACUAGCAAAAAUGGCUUCUUUAGGAUCAGUCAGAGAAAUUUUUGCAAACUGAAAAAAAGAAUUGGCCCUAUUUUUCUUGAAGGUAGAUCAUGAGCCAUGAAAGGUGUAUGAUAGAUAUGUGUGGGCAGACAAGGUGCUAAGCAUUUUUACGGAAUUAUUUGCAAGUCUAGAAUGAGGUUUAUUAGAGGUGUAAGGUAAUAUAUGCUAAUUUAUGUCCAUACACUACACAUUAUAGAGAAGAAAAUGCAGGAUUGUAGUAUUUUCAUAAGUGUAAUAUUUGCUAUAACGGCCUUCAGUAUUCAUGACAUUUUCUCUGUAAAAGUGAUCUGUCAGCUAAAAACCGAGUGGUAUGGGGUGGUAUACUUUGGGGGAUGAUAACACUGAUUAUGAAACACUGAAAAGUCUUUUUAACUUCAGCAUCAAGGCUGUAAUAAAUUUGAGUGCCAGGCAGAAAAGCAGCAGGGUUACUGAUGUGUUUCCUUGAAUGCACACUUUCAGCUUCAUUCAAGCAGUGAAAGCCAUAUCGGGUCAUUUGUAAGAAGUCUCGUGUGACAACUACUCAUAGCUGAGAUUUCUUUUUUCUUACAAAACCUGUAAGAACAGGUCAUAAAUGAGAAGCAGUCCUUAUGUAUUUUUUUCCUGAUUACUUAUAGGGCGUAUACAUCAUUGCCUUCUGGUCGCUUGAAUAAUUUGAUGUAGCCAUAGGCUGAAAAACUCUCCUCAUUUCUUAGAAGGGUGGUAGCAUUGGAUUGUCCACACCAAAUUCUCAAAUGGAUUAGCCAUGGUUGGCAACUAGUUUUCAGGAGGUCCAGCUGCCCCUUUGGCACAUGUCUGUCCUUUCUCUCAGCCUCCUUGGAAGUGAAUCUGGACAUGGGAGGAAAAGAGGAAAAGGAAGGACAAAGAACGUUAUGUCAUUAAACUAAAUUCCAGGGUGGAUUAAAAUCUUUUCUUAAAAAAAAGAGGAAUGAUGAGAUUGCCUUUAAAUAAUCAGGUUAAUACUAAAUAAUAUUGAUAUAAGCAUGUUAGCCCUGCAGUUAAUCUUUACACUGGCUCAUUGCUUCUCCCAGAUACAUUGAGGGUUGUUGAGCAAUCCUAACUUUAGCCCCAGAAAAUUGCAAGCUUUACUUGCUCAUGCUGCCCAGAGCAGGUGGUAGGUUUCCUGAAUUUUUUCCACUAAUCUGGUUCCAGUCUGGUAUGGCUGAGAGGCCCAAGGAUCAGACCUCUUGGGGGAUUCAUGGGGCUUUAGAUCCAGCCAGUCCAAAGCACCUGACACCCAUCCAUCAACACCCCAUUGAGGGACUUUCUGCUGCCUACUUCCAGCAGAAGAAAUGCUGGUGGUAGCUUGCUAUCUGAAUGGGCAAAGCUAGGCCUCCUCUGUGGUCUUUCUGCCUCUCUGCCAGUGGUAGUCAGCAGAGAGCAGACUACACAGUAUCCAAACCCCACAGCCAUCGACACUGGGUGUGCGUAGGUUAGGAUUGCAUAGCUAAAGGUUUUUCUACGCAAAGGAAUCAAUUUGAGCACUUCUCAGAUAUAAGUAUAUUUACUUUUCCUACCAAACACAGGCAUUACAUUUCACCUGAUGAAAAUAAAGUGAGUGCUCUAGUCUGGCCAGCAGCUGUCAGACUUUGUUGUGACCUUGUCAGUCACAGUCAUUUCGUUUUUGUUUGCCACUUAUUUUGGGGAGGGUGGGACUAGACCAAGGCAGAAUUGCACAGAAAGGAGCCAUGCUACGUAAAACAAAAAGAGGAAAUUCUCCAGUGCACAAGUUUAUGGGGUUUUUCCCCGUAUGCUUAACCUCACAAACUGCCAUGUGUAAGAAAAACAAUAAAUGAAUGCUUUAGACAUUCCAUUUAUAGGUCUAAAGAAAGAGCAUGUUGGAAACUGUAAACAGUGCAACAAAGAGAUGCAAGGCAUGGUUAUAAGAAUGAAACAACAGUAUAAAUCAUAUGCUGUUUAGUUGUACAGUAAAGUAACAUUGUGGUUAACUUGUGCCAUUGUUUAGGAAAAUGUGAAGUAUCUGUGGAAAACGUCCGUUAAAUCACAGCUUUAAAUUAGUGGGUUUUUUCCUUGCAGAUUAAAAACAUUCUUUAUGCCUUAAUCAACCCACCCUAAUAAAUGCACUGGGUGUUAGUGGAAUAGAAUUCUGAGAUCUGUAUGCAAAUCUCCAACCUGUCCGCCAUGGCCUAACCUUGGGCUAGUCACAAUCCCUCCAAAUAACCUACAGGUGGCAAAUAUUUUGCACAGGAGUUCCGUUCCUGACCCCUGCACAUGGUGGCAGAGCACGCAUAAGUCCAUUCCGCCUGCUCUAUGUUUGGGCCACUUCUGGGUCAGCAGCGAUGGGUAUGUGCAUGGUCGCACAUCAAUGGUUGCUGCCUGUAUUUUACAUGUUGUUGUGAUAAUAACUUCAGGGGAAUAAGGAAAUCUAGUAUCCAGUUUCCAAAAGUUCCAUGGAGGGAUACAAAUUGGCUUUUGAUAUUUUAGGAGCACCUGCGUAUGACCUAAUUACAUUAGAUGUUGCUCAAGAAGCCUUGUACAUGAGAAUACUGAAGUUUCUUAAUUUUACAAAUAAUCCAGAAAAAUACCUUUGAGGUAUUUGAAUAGUAAGUCCAAUUCUUACUGCUCUUGUUUAUUUUGGACUAUAUAGCAAAACAUCAUUUGUGAUCUUUACAAAAUCAGUAAAAGUGAAUCUUCAUUGUGUCAGAUAUCACUUGGACUAUUGAAGAAAUGUCUGGUACUCCUGGAACUGCAUGCAUGCCAUUUCCAUCACAUAUCAUAAUACAUUGGAGCAUACUAAUUAAAUAUGUUCCCAAUAUAUUUGUUAUGUAAAGAAAACAGUUUGCUCUUCCAGAGCUACAUUGUUUAUGUAGGUUAUCACUCCAUCUAAAAGUGAAUUGAAGAGGUGUGCACUUACAGAAUUGUAGCAGACAAGAAACAAAAGCACAUUCAAGAAGACUCCAAAGUUUGCAAAAAUACAAAUAAAACUUUUAAAUAAACCCCCAUAAGAAGGAACACACCCACAAAAAGCCUAAUGUGUCAGUGCUGGAGCUGCAGAAGCUGUGAACUGUUGCAUGUCAGAUUGAAAAGUAAAACCAAGGUUGGGGGAGUUGGCUUGCUAGAAUAUCUAGUAGCUUAUAGGGUUCCAGAGGAUGGCAUGACUGUCUGGCUUGAACCUUGAACAGGUGCAGGCGUGGUUGUGAGUUAAGGAUAUACCUCAUUACAGGCAGCGACCAUUUUAGGCACAUCCAGUUCACACAUGAUUGCCAACAUGCAUGUCCUUUUAGACCAGGAAGAAGGCAGAAUGGUGCGGGGCACACAUAGACGCACUCUACUGAUGUGCACAGGGGCUAGGAAUAGAAACCCUGAACAAAAUGGUAGCCAUCUGUAUUUUCUUGCAGGUCCCAAUUUUUUUUGCUUGGACUGCACAAUAAUUUUUUGGAUGCCCCAAACAAGCAGUCAAAUACACUGAAGUGUAUCUGGCUGUUGAUUUGUUUUUUUAAAAGUAUGAACUUGGAAUAGUAGAUGUGGCUCUUGUUGCAAUAGAUUUCAUAUGCAAAGAUGAAGCCUGACCAAGAGGAAUGGUGAAACAAACAAAGACAAAAUGCAUUGUGCUUCUUCUGAAGUAGGUUACAAAAUGAGGAAAGUAAAAGUGAUUAUUUAAUAAUAUUACUUAGUAUUGAUAUAUUACUUCCCCUAAAAUCCUGCAGCAUUACGUGUUCUCCAAUUAAUCCUUGCAACAGGCCAUCAUGACUGUCACCAUAUUAAAGCUGGACUUCUGAAGCAGAGAGAUAGUGGCUUGCCUAAGGCCAUCCAGCAAGUUCAUGGCUGAGGUCAGAUUUGAACUAGGUCAGACUUACAUACAUUGGUAAAAUGAUGGGCCACAGCUCAUUUCCAGAAGCUUUCCUUUAGAGUAGGCACUCAGUUAUUUUAUUAAAGUUACUAUUUACAUUCUAUAAACCCAUCCCUAUUAGCAUAGCAAGCAGGUUAAACAUUCUAAUUUUACAGGCUCAUCUUUAAGCUUAUUUAAAAUUUGGUAAAAUAGGACACAGAUCCUGUUUUGCGUUAAGAAGCGCUAGCUCAGUUCAGUAAACUUGUGACUUGCAAAUGGGCAGCAAAAGUUAUUUAAUGUAUUAUCCUUCCACUACUGUACUAUGAUGCUAGACUAUUGUGCAAGGCAUGGGUUUCAUGCAACAUCCCUCUCUCUGAGAGUAGCAGUCCCUAUAGAUCAAACUACUGUAUUGACAUCAUAAAGUUUGUUAGACACACAAAAUGUGAAUUAUAUUAAGUUUCACGACAUUAUAAAUAAGUUAAAGGUAAUAUUUUCAAAGGACAUUGAGAGCAUUUGGAAGAAACAGCAACCUUCUUUUCACUGGAUGCUGAGAAAGGUUAAGGAAUCCACAGGCACCUUUCUUUCUUCUGAAGUUGCUGCCAAGUGUCCAUUUAUAAGCUCUUUAGCACUGUGUUUUAAAAUGUCAGAGCAGAGAAUGAUGAAACUCCCCCUAGAAAGCUUUUCAUUUGCUUUUGUGAGAUUUGUUUAUAUGCCCUGUUUCACAAUAAGUGAAGAAUUCUUAUUGAACUUAAAAUAUUGGUUUGUAUUUUGGGGGGGCGGGAACCACCAACAUUUUGCCUUUUAGAAACAAUUGAAUGCUAGAUAAUGCAGAAAGGUAAUUCUUUUUUACAGUGAAAUUUGAGUAAUGCUAUGUGGAACAAAAUGUGUUUUGUUUUGUUUUUAUUCUGUUAUAUUACUAGCUUUUUAAUACAGUUUCUGAACAAUUCUGCAGCCCCGUCUUUUUAUCUGUCUGACUCUGUAGGUAUUGCAGUUAGCUGUUGUAUAUGACCUUGGGCUGUUAAUACUGUGUUGUUGGCACCUGUCUGUCUUGAGAGAAAAUGGAGUGUGGCUUUGGGGGUGAAGUUAAAACUGCUACCUUAGCAGCACUACGUUAGCGCAAGCCUGGGCAGUGUGUAUGAAGGUCCUGGGCUGCCCAGACAAUACUGCCCUCUCGGCCUCUUGGAUGUGGUGGUCCAAAGAAAAGCAGAGCAAUAUGUUUGGCACCAGCUUGGCUGCAGGACUUGCCAGAAGUAGGCAUACAAGGCACCAUCUGACCAUCUUAGAGACUCCACUCCAGAUUUGUGUAGGGUUUACUUAGGCAAGGCAGCGAGUACGGCUUUUUCCUUGGAGUUUUCUCCCAAAGCCUUUCUCACGGAUGAGUAUAGCCACAAGGCAGUGGAGCUUUAGGACCAGAGUUUUCCUUCUGCUAGAUGUGCUGUCUUCCCAGGUUGAUGAGCCCCAUCUGCCCCUUACUUCCCUUUGCACCUUCCUGACCAUUGGACCCACAAUUGGUCUCGUUCACUCAGUCCGCCAGAGCCUAUCUUUGCAUGCAGGGGAAAUCCCAAACUCACUGAGGGUUUGAGACCCCUCACCUGGUUUAUCCAGCCAGUCAAAGCUCUUCCUGGGGGGUGGACACUGUUGCAUCCUGGCAGCUUCUAGGAACCAUAGGUGAGAGCUGAAUGCAGGGUGGGAACCAAAGCUGGACAAACUACCCCAGAAGGAGUACAACAUAUCCCCCCACCAGAGGCAAUGCCCUCCUCUAUACACCUUAGUUAAUACUCCGUAUAAGAGAAUUCCAUUCUGUUCCUGAAAUCCCUGCCUUUGAUGUAGAAUGAUGAGAUCUGCUUAAUAUUUUUAUGUGAGGCAAAUAAGUGAUCGUCAACCUUCUUCAGCCUGAUGCCUUUCAGAUUAUUCGGACUGUGGCAGCUUUGCUAGAAGGAGCUGAUGGGAGCUAGUCCAAAAGGGUUUGGAGCACAUCAGGUUGAGAGCGUUGUAUGAAAGAGGAAACAUUGUGAGGAUUUGAGGCUGCAAUCCUAAACACAACAUUAUGUUGCUCUGUGUUUCUCCCCCGCCCCCACUCAGUCCUUUGACCCUGUUGUAAGAUUCAACCAUUUAGCCUGGUCAGGUUUUGUACAUGGAAUGGGGGAGGUGUAGCCAUGACUUCCAUCUUAGGCAAUAGUGUCUUGGGCUGACCCUGGUAGUAAUAGUCAUUGGUAGACGUGUCCUCUGUAAAUGUGAGUGGUUUUCCUCACAACCUAUUUGCAGCGAAUUCUGUAUAUUAAAUAUGUGCUGUUUGACAGACUGUUUUCUUUUGUCUGUCUGCAGUCUAAUGUUAUCUGAUAUUGGGUGACCUUGAACUGCUGUAUUCUAUCCACUUUCUCCACCCUAUGCAUAACUUUAUCUAUUUUCACUAAUUAGGUCUGCCAGGUCCCCAAGUCUGAGCAUCUAAACUUGCACUAAACAAAUUACUUGCUGAUUACGCAUAUCAUUAAUUGUGCAUUUUAAACCAACAUACUUUUUUCUUCCCCCAGCAAGUACUACAUAAAGGUGGGAAAGGAGCAAUGGAAUGAUCUUCUUACCAGCCCAUUCACGCAUAGGACCAGGAAACAGUAGAUCUUUAAUCUCUGCCCUGCCUGCAUGUUGCAAGGGGGUGUAUCUUCCUUUCCUUGAUUCUGCUGCUCCAGUAGCUUGUAAAUAGCAUUACCUUUUCUCCUCAGUUAAUAUGGGAAGUUGACGUUUCAAAUAUUAGAGGGAACUGCUUGUGUUAAUCUUGAACCUCCCUUGUAGCUGAGUAAAAUCUUAUAGUAAAACUUUGAUUUUAGUAGUAGAGUUAGAAUGACAUGUGCACAUAGUUUGCGGAAAUGAGUCCUAAAAAUAAAAAUGCUACUUGAAAGUAAGUCCUGUUGAUUUCAACAAGGUUUCAUUAAUUUCUGAAUAUGUAAAACAUAUGCUAAAGAUCAGUAAAUGGAAGAUAAUCCAAAGAAUCAAAAGCAGAUCUUUCUGAGCCCAGUUCACAGUUCACCUCCAGCCUCAUCAACCUCAGCAGUUUUGAGUAAGACUCAGCUUGACACCUGUAAAAUGGAAAUAAUGGAUACUAUACAGUUUUGUUAUGAUGCUGUAAUAAAUAUGGUGAAACCUGGUAAAAUGCAUGGCUUAGUUUAAAACUGGGCACUACAAAUCAUAAUAUGUGUACAUAUGAUUGUACACAAAAGUCGAGUCAGUCAUGCAGAGCAUUGAAACAAAGCAAAAAACUGCACUGGAAAGAACCCAGUUUAUUAACAUCCAGGAGAAUGGGAUUUGACUCUAUCUGUAUACUGCAACAACUGGGAAUGUUACCACUUUUGAGAUAAAUGGGCACUGUAAUUUUCAAGCCUGAUGUAUUUUUAAAUAGUCUGAACACUUUGCAUUCCCAGGAUUGGGAGAAAGAACAGAAAUUUCAAAAACUAGAGCAAAAGGCAAAUCUAAAAUUCAAAUACGUGUAUAAAUAAGAAACCAGAAAUCAUGCAUGCAUGCAGGCUGCAGAAUAUGUGUUAGUGGAAUCAGUCCUGGUUUGCAAUCUGUUGGAAGGGAUUACUCAAAUUCCAGCUUGCUGGUUCAAAUGUCAUAGCAAACUGGUUUGACAAACCAGAAUUUUUUUUUCUAUUAAAUUGGAUGCAUGAGAGUGGGCAUGUUUUCUGGUUCUACAAUACAGACAAGAAUGACAAACUUUCAGUCAUGUAUUUCUCUUAGAAGGCAUAAAUCUAGGUCAAACUGCAUGUGAAGUGUAUUAAAGUAGAAAUUGAUUAUUUCUUCUGCAAUCCUUGAGCAUGACUGCACGCAGUGUUCUCAGUUGCUUGUUGUCUAGUCUACCAUUCAAACUUUUCAUGAAGUUACAUAAAGUAGGUUGCUUGACUGAUUUGAAAUCUGAAUUCUGUUGUUGGGGGGGGGGGUCCCAUUUUUGCCCUUAUCAGUAUUGCCUUAAUUAACUGACUGUUCUCCAGCCCACCGCCUCCAACCCUACUGGUGUAGAGCUAUCAAAACUUCUUAUCGCACAUGGAAGAUUGUAGAAGGGGCGGUGUAUUUUCAGAAGGAGACUAACCUCCACAAGUAUUUCUCGCACAAAUAGAUAUUUUAAGUUACCGUAUUUUUCGCUCCAUAAGAUGCACUUUUUCCCUCCUAAAAAGUAAGGAGAAAUGUUUGUGCGUCUUAUGGAGUGAAUGGAGGGAGGCUCUGCUCAGUGCUCCCUUUAAAGAGCCGUGUGGACCGUGUGUGUGGCUCUUGGGGGCUUUUCCCCGAGGAGGGAGAAGGGCAGUCCCUUUCCCUCCUCGGGGAAAAGCCUGCAAGCACCGCACACACGCUUCACACGGCUCGUGAAAGGGAGCGCUGAGCAGAGCCUGGGAUGCAUACAGGCUGCGCUCAGCGCUUCCUUUAAAGAAUAUUUUUUUCUUGCAUUCCCCCUCUAAAAACUAGGUGCGUAUUAUGGUCAGGUGCGUCUUAUGGAGCGAAAAAUACGGUAUGUAUUUGAAAACAGACAGAAAACACAUUACUUAACAAUAAAUUAAUCUCCACUAAUGGGAGACUGCCCAACAAUCAUAUGUAAGCUGCAUUGAGUUCUGUAGAAGAAAGGCAAGAUAUAAAAUUACCUACAUAAUUAUGAUGCUUCAUAUAUAGUCAUCAGUAGUCAUCAAAAGUAUUCAUAGAAUCAUAAGAGUUAGGGAGACCCUCCUAGGCCAUCUAAUUUAACCCUCUGCUGGAUGCAAGAAAUUAAGAGUUGAGUAUACUCAAGAGAUGGCUGUGCAGCCACUGCUUCAAGAUCUCCAGUGAAGGAGAGAGAGCCCACCCCAAGUAAUUCAGUCAUGAAGACUUCCAUGUGGUAUGAAAUAUUUCUGUAAGGAUUGGAGAAUUUAAUACUUAUCCAGAACACCAUAAACGUAUUUCUGGAAGACGAUUUGGGAAUUUGAUCUGAUUCCAAUAUAGCUGCAUUCUAUUGUAACCUUAUGAUUUCACAGACACUUUAUUCUUUCUACCGCCCAACUGCUCUUUCUCUCACCCUUUUCUAUUCAAGGUUAUCUGUGACCUGUACUGUAAAUAAUACGCAGGAUAAGUAGAUCACUUUUGUUACAUCAUAUUUCAUAUGGGUUGCUAUUGCUAUCUCAAUCUCUUCCUUUAUGGUACUAAAGCCUGGGAAGCUACAUUAGAGUUGGCAGCUGCCUGUGAUGUGCAAAACUAGUGGCUUGCAGUUUUAUGUCUAAGGUGUCAGGAUUCUACUCUGCUCUAAAAUCACAUGAAUUAAUUAGUUGAAGGGUAAGCCAUGUACAACUUUGAAAUCUCGCACAACUUGCUUUAGUCUUUGGAUGACAAAUGGAUUGUUAUAGGUCACAUUCAUUAAAUAUGUGCUCUGUGUUCCCCAUAAUGUUUUCAAUAGUACUGCCGAAAGGAAAGCUUAAGAUGCAAAUUCUAGCAGCUGCCUUAAGAGAGCGGCUGAAAAAUGAGCAAAAAUAAUGUCAGGGCAGUCUUUUGGAGAGAUGAGACACAAAAUCAUACGCCUUUUUUUUCUUUUUUUGACAGGCAAGUGCUGAAGAGUUGAGUAAUAAGCCUCUUCCUUGCAGGCAAAUAGAUAGUAGCAAGCAAUGAUAUGUUUGACUUAUUGGCACCAACCAACUCUCCCAAGGCUAGAAUCUACAAAACCGCAUGAAGUAAGACAGGAAAAGAACAAAGCUUAAGGCUGCAGUCCUGAAUACACUUACAAGGGAGCAAGCACAGAGGAACUUAUAUUGAGUAAACUGCGCUGUUUGAGGGGUUUUUUUUUAAAUCUCCUCUACAAAUUAAUUUGCAUGUUCUGUUGGAUUACUUGUUAAAGUGUUGUGCAGAGGGUUCCUAGUUUGCUUUCCAGUAAAUAUGUUUCCCAAGCUUCAGCUUGAAAAGAUAUAUAGCCUGCAAACAACAGGGAACAGACAAGCCUCAACAUUUAAAUAAAAUACCUGCAAAUAUAUUUCUGAGGCGUAUGUAAAAAGCAACGGCAAUUUGAUUGGGGAGGGAGAGCUUGAUGCAAAGGAAAGCCUGAAUAUGAAUUAGUGUUUAUAUUUUGUUAAUACUAGUUUUGCCAACUCAGCAUGGUGAAAGUGGCUUAUUUGUGGAAGAACUGGGAUUUUCUGAUUCCUGCCUUCAGUUCUGCAAUAAUACGUCUAACACAGUAAAGAAGUCUCUUCCCACCAUGCCGUAUAAGCCAUUUUGAAGCAGAGAAAGAUCUUAAAAACAGCUAAAGCCGUGAAAUGCACCAAAUAGUCAGUUCCACGUAGUAAUAAUAAUAAUAAUUUAUUUAUACCCCGCCCAUCUGGCUGGGUCUCCUCAGCCACUCUGGGUGGCUUUCAACAAAAUAUUACAUUUCAUAAAAUUUAUUUCUUAAAAUUUAUACACCACUUGAUUAUUUAAAAAAACCAAGAAAAAUCCUCAACCAUACUAUGCAACAUGCAAAAGUUGUAACACUAAAACAGAUUAAAAUUACCUCAACUUUCUAAGCAUCUGGGUAGGCUUGUCUAAGCAAGAAUGUUUUUAGCACUGAAAAAAGUACAGUGAAGGCGCCUGCUAGAUCUCAACAGGAAAGGAGUUCCAAAGUGUAGGCGCUGUUCUUAUAUGCUGUUAUAUUCUGACAAGGCCUCACUCCUGUCAGUCGUGCUUCGGAAUCAAGCACAGGGGAAGCCCCACAUAGAGCACAUUACAGCAAUCCAAUCUUGAAGUAACCAACACAUGAACUACUGUGGCAAGGCUUUCCCGGUUAAAGAAUGACUGUAUCUGUCUACCAGUUGCAGUUGGUAAAAGGCACUUCUAGCUACUGAGCCUCCAGUGACAACCUCCUUGACUUAUGUGAGUGCCCAGUAUAACUGGUAAUAUAUCUACAGUGGCACAAUGAUCUUUAUACCCAUUUAAUUGCUGGCAAUGCAGAUAUUACAAUCAACUUGGUUAAAAUCUGUUUUCCUACUCUCGCAUGGUAGUUACUUCUGCCCAGUAAAAUAGCUUGCUGGCCAGUGCCUCCCAUAUUCAGAGCCUUUAUUUCAGAACGAAUGCUUUGAUGUGCAUGUCUAAAGAUGUUUCCUUUACAUCUUUACGUGUUAGAUUAUUCAAAAUGGCUCUGCGUAUUUUAAUUACUUGCUGUAUGCUCUACCAUGUUGCUGUCUGUAUAUCAAACAGCAACAGCUCUUGUGAAGAAACUAAUACUCAUCCAUUAAGAUUUAUGAUGAUUCUAUUUUUUUCCUGUAUUGCUACUUCAGAAGUGUAACAGAGAGGCUUCUGUGAAGCACUUCCCUCAGUCGAGAUAAGAAUGAAAUACAUUACAUGAAGUGAUUUUCUUUUACAAAUUUGUAAGAACUCAGUUCUCACUCGGACAGUCUUGGGAAUCAUCAUAAGGCUGGGAAUCAAACCAGUCAAACAAACAAGUGAUUUAUGGUUCAUUGUUCUUCCUGAUGAGUGUGCUAAUGUUAAUGUAAAAUAAUUCCAGCCCAAGUUAUUAAAUACUGUAGCUCAGUAUCAUAUCAAAUAAAAGUGAAAUUGUACUCUUAUAAAUUAAAAAUCUUAACAAGAACAUCAAAGGUAUAAAAGCUUUUCCUACAAUCACAAGGGAAUGUAUAGAUGGUUUUUGUAUUUCUAAUUCAUAGGAUCCAUUCAGCUGUGCCUAUGAUUUCCACACAAGUCUUUACUGGGAGAUUUGGCUGGCCUGUGUGGAGGAUGGCAAAAUAUACUGGCUUGUCUACAUUGCUGCCUGCACCAAUUUUAAUUUUGUCAUUUUGCAUUCAUAUUUUAUCCAGGCAUCGUCUUUGGGAAUGUUUUACCAUUCAUAUUUUAAGUCUGUGAUAAUUCAACUUGGCCAUUCCUUUAUUUAAAAAUUUACACCCAGCUUUUAAAAAAAUUAACUCCAAAACAACUUCAGAAAAAACCGUGAAAUGCAUAAAAUAGCAGGGUGCCCCAAGGAAUAUGGAUUAUGCAGAACUCAUUCUCCCCAGCAAAGAAGUAAAAUGUUGGGGCAGAUCGGGGAAUGCUUUGGAUUUUCUGGAUCCCAAGCCCUCCUGUUCUUUUGGCAUGCCUCCAGCGUUGAAGGAUUUUCCUUCUUCCCAUUGGAACAGGGGGGAAUUAUUAUUAUCAUUAAUAUUUUAAGAAAAGGAAAUGCAGUCCCCCUUCCCCCAGCUUGACAAUUCAUCUGAAGUGGACUCUCCUGACAUGAUAGGAUUGCUCUGUACAUUAAAUGCUAUGAUGAUUAUAUGCUAUAAGUGAAAUUCCCACUAUUGCAGUUGUGUGUGCUGAGUAGAUUCUCUCAUAUAUAUGUUGAUUAUGGUCAUAUUGUUCCACAUUCUUGCCAUACUUGGUUGUCUCUUAUUUUUAUGCUUUUAAUGAGUUGAAAGCUAUAUCAUAACUUAUGGAGUUGUCAUGAAGUUGAGCAGCUAACUAUGUAAGGAGCAGUAACUUUAUGUUCUUAGCUUUAAGACAACUAGUGAAAAUUAUUGUUAUUAAUUGAUUGAUGGAUUAAUUAGUUAGUAUACUGCAGGCAUAGGCAAACUCGUCCCUCCAGAUGUUUUGGGACUACAACUCCCAUCAUCCCUGACCACUGGUCCUGUUAGUUACGGAUAAUGGGAGUUGUAGUCCCCAAACUUCUGGAGGGCCGAGUUUGCCUAUGCCUUCCAUCUGUAGAUCUCAGGGCAAUUCACAACAUAAAAAUACAAGAUAAAAAAGCACAAAAUACACAAUAAAAACAAACCAAUAACCCCCUCCAAAUUCCAUUUGUUGAAUAGAUAAACAUUCACAGAUACAAUCUAGAUACCUUUGUUUAUGUUACCACACUGUUUGUGCUGCAGUUAAUGAAAUCUGAAAGUACAAACUGGCCCACAUAGUAUCAGUAUCUUUAUUAUCCAUCACUGAUUGAAAUACAGAUUGUAAUAUGCUGUGUGAAUGAAAAAAAGACAACUGCUAUCUUUUCAGUUUGGGGUGAUAAAAAAAUCAAGAAUGCCCAUGGGCCAACAUUCUAGUCUGUAUUUUACUGCGGUUUGAAAGGUUUGGUUUAGGAAGAAGUACCUUGAUCAGUAUUCAAUUGUAUGUUAGCUUGCAUAGCAUAGCAUGUUAGAAUAUGGCAUCUUUCUUGCAUGUUCAUGAAUGACAGGCUGCGUUCAGUCUCUUGUAUCCAAGGCAAUAUACCUCUGAACACCAGUUUCUGAGAAUCACAAGUAGGGAGAGUGCUAUUGCUAUCGGGUGUUGCUUGCAGGCUUACCAUAGGCAUAUAUGGUUGACCACUAUGAAAACAAGAUACUAGAUUAGGCUGGCCCUUUGUCUGAUCUAGCAAAGCUUUAUUCAGUUCUUUUAAUCUAAAGUAUCUAACACACUGAUCCUCACAAUUCCUACCAUAGAGGUUGCCCAGCUAAACAGGUGUCAAAGGGCAUCAAAAGAUUGGAUGUGACAUUUAUUCUGUGAUUGAAGGGAUAUGGCUAAGAACAGUGAGAUGGAGGGAAAGAGGAAGGAUGAUGGAGUUUUCUGUUAAGUUUUUUUACUGUGUUGUGAACUUUUGAUAUAAGUCAUUUUUAAUUAUGCAGGUGCUAGAGCAAACAAUAAUGGCUCUUGGGGGCUCACCAUUUUGGGGUUUUGGACAGAGUGCACUGUGAAUCCUCUCGAUAUGGCAUGCUUUAUUUCCUUUAUUCAGGAAAUAAUACUGAGAGCCAGUGUAGUGUAGUGGUUAGGAGCAGUAGACUCGUAAUCUGGUGAACCGGGUUCGCGUCUCCGCUCCUCCACAUGCAGCUGCUGGGUGACCUUGGGCCAGUCACACUUCUUUGAAGUCUCUCAGCCCCACUCACCUCACAGAGUGUUUGUUGUGGGGGAGGAAGGGAAAGGAGAAUGUUAGCAGCUUUGAGACUCCUUCGGGUAGUGAUAAAGCGGGAUAUCAAAUCCACACUCUUCUUUAUCUAGUACACAAUAGCCUCAUGUAGGCUGGUCUCUCCGAAGCCACUCAAAGGUGCAGAUUCUGUUAAUCUUAGUUCUGUUCUUCAUGCUCACUUCCAUUGUGUUGUGGAAAUGUCUCAUACUGAGUGAGUUUUAAAAUACCGUAUUUUUUGCCCCAUAGGACGCACCGGCCCAUAGGACGCACCUAGUUUUUUGGGGGGGAAAUAAAGAAAAAAAAUUAUUCCCCCCCCCAGGUGCGGGGCUGGGGCGGGGGAAGCCCGAGCUUCCCCCGACGCCAGCCCCCAGAACAGGCUGCUAUCCGCAAGCCAUGGGAGCCACAGCUAGCGGAGCGCUGCGCUAAGCACAAAGCUUGGGGUGUGCUGAGCUCAGCGCGCCCCAAGCCUCUGGGUGCCGGCAAGGUCUCCGCUAGCCGUGGGAGAGCCGUGCAACUUCGCGCGGCUCUCCCACGGCUAGCGGAGCGCUGCGCUAAGCCCGAAGCUUGGGGUGUGCUGAGCUCAGCGCUCCCCAAGCUUCUGGGUGCAGGCAAGCUCUCUGCUAGCCGUGGGAGAGCUGAGUCUCCCACGGCUAGCGGAUAGCUUCCUGAAGCCUGGAGAGCGAGAGGGGUCGGUGGGCACCGACCCCCCUCACUCUCCAGGCUUCAGCGAAAGCCUGCAUUCGCCCCAUAGGACGCACACACAUUUCCCCUUCAUUUUUGGAGGGGAAAAAGUGCGUCCUAUAGGGCGAAAAAUACGGUACCUUCUCUCAAUGGUUUCAGUGCUUUACCUCAGUCCUCAGACAGUUCUUUUUUGAUUAGAGCAACUAAAGCUGCUGUGUCAAAUGAAGUUUGUGGCCUCUCUGUUGUUUUUCACUGCACUGAGCCCUGGCAGCCAUUUUGGAAAUGGCUCUGGCCUGCUUGGGAUUCCCUGAUGAUCUGAGCCAGAAGUGAAAAUCAGUCAUCCAGAGUGCUGGCUUGUGAUUCUCUGAUUCUGCAGCUCACAGCCCGUUUGAAACUGUUAAAAGUUUGAACAAGACUUCAUUUUGGAGCAAGCUUAGCUAUUUUUGAUUUUGGGAAGGAAGGAACAGCAGAUGAAAACACCAUAAUGCCUUGGUGAUGUAGCCACCCCCUUGACUGUUUGAAUUUUAGUUGCAGAGAUUGCAUUGGCAGUGUAGAUCAUUUUCAUCGGGUGGGUGAGAACCACUUCACCGAUUGAAGUUUUAUAUUUUCAAGUGACAUGGCCGAAAUGAUUAGUAAACAGUAGUGAUAUCUUCAUUCUUAGUAAUGUGUUAACCUCCCUUGAAAACCAACUGCAGUUUCUCCUUCUCAGCUCUUCAUCAGACACUGCCUUGAGUGUUAUUUUUCAUUUUCAGUAGUAGUUCUGGCUUGUGAGAAAGUGUGAUAACUCAGCAUCAUGUGUUGCUGCCCCCCAAUGUUCAAAAUCAUUAGCUAGACAUUCAAGUUUGAGACACUUUGGUUUUCAUAACUUCCAGUUUAAGAAUUUUUGUCUUUGGUUCAGAACCAAAAAUCUUUUUUAAAGGAAUCUGCUUAUGUAUGUUUUUUUUUUCUUUUUUCUUUUAAGGAAAUAGAGCUUUUCAGGGCUCCAGAUCAUAUUUGGCUUCAUGUCUUAAAUUUUCCAUCUGCUGCUGGUGCUAUAUGACGUCCUCCUGAUGCCUCUCUUGUUCACAGACAUGUCGUAAAAUUUGUGUGUGUUGAUGAUGUGUGUGGACUUUGCUUAUCACAAAAGUUGCAAAUCAUAAUCUUCAAACAGUUAAUUUAUGGAAUUUGGUACCCACCUUUUGUAGUGUGCCCUUUUUUAUGUGUAAUAUUUAAUUAUGUUGUUUUUAAUGUAUUUUUAGUACAGUGGUUUCAUAUUUUAUAAUGGACAAAGGUAGGGUUAGAUGGAAGGCCACAUGGUGAGCAAAGAGUGAGGAGGAGGAUCAGUUCCAUACCAUAACAGUGGGGAAAGUCUCAUAGAUUUAGAAUAAAUUGUUACUGUCUCUAAAGGGGGAUACAACUCUGUCAAUACUGUCAAAUGUCCACAUAUAAAUCAGAAAUCCAACCUUUUUAUAUGUAAGUACUAGCCAGCAAGACUCAAAUGUAACAGUAUUAGCAGCUGCACAGGUGGGUUUCAAAUAUUGACAUUUGUUUUUAACCUUACAUUUACAGAUACAGUGGUACCUCGGGUUACAUAUGCUUCAGGUUACAGACUCCGCUAACCAAGAAUUAGUACCUCGGGUUAAGAACUUAAGAACAGAAAUCGUGCUCCGGCAGCACGGCGGCAGCAGGAGGCCCCAUGAGCUAAAGUGGUGCUUCAGGUUAAGAACAGUUUCAGGUUAAAAACGGACCUCCGGAACGAAUUAAGUACUUAACCCCAGGUACCACUGUAAAUUUAUUAAACGUAUCGAGUUGCCUGAAGAAUAUGUUGAUUUGAACAAAUUCCACAGAGAUUAGAGUUACAGAAUUGUUAGUGAAAGGGGCAUGGAAAGCUGAAGUAGGGCCAGCAGCUCUUCCAGUUUCUUUGUUUUAUAAUUUUGUCUCUCCCUCUUAUGUAGGAUAACAAGGAAAACAGCAAUCUUUUGCCAAACAAUGGAGACCAUGUCCUGGUUCCUGGAAAUGACAAAUUCAAGCCUGUGUUACCCUGGCCUCACGUCGAAGGUGUGGAAGUAGACUUGGAAUCAAUUCGGCGGAGGAAUAAGGCCAAAAAUGAAGGGAAUCCUCUUGGUGGCAAUAAUGAUCAGCAGAACAUCAUGCAGCGACAGUAUCUCACAUUUAAGCCACAGACACUGAUCUACCGUGAUCCCGUAUUACGACCUGGAAUUCUUGGUAAUUUUGAACCCAAAGAACCUGAGCCUCAUGGAGUUGUCGGUGGUCCUGGUGAGGAAGCCAAGCCAUAUGUUUUAGGACCAGAGUAUAAAGAAUCUGUUCAAAGCAGCAUUAAGGAGUUUGGGUUUAACAUGGUAGCAAGUGAUAUGAUCUCACUAGAUCGAAGCAUUAAUGACUUGCGUCAAGAAGAGUAAGUACCUGAUCUGCCUCUUCUUUCCCCCUCUUUUAAUUGUGUUUUUGUUGUGCGAUCUGUACACUGUGACAAUCAUCUUACAUGAAUAUAUAUUAGCGAUAGUAAAGGAAAACAAUUCAGCACUUCUUUUUAAAAUGAGCUUUACUUUUUCUUUUUAGCAGAGAUGUACAGUGGUGCCCCGCAAGACGAAUGCCUCGCAAGACGGAAAAACCGCUAGACGAAAGGGUUUUCCGUUUUGAAGUUGCUUCGCAGGACGAAUUCCCCUAUGGGCUUGCAUCGCAAGACGAAAAUAUCUUGCGAGUCUUGAGAUUUUUCGCUUUCCCCCCCUUUAUCUAAUCUGCUAAGCCUUUAAUAGCCUUUAAUAGCCUUUUAGCAGCUAAUCCCCUAAGCCUUUAAGCCUUUAAUAGCCGCUAAACCGCUAAUAGCGCUAAUAGCGCUAAUCCGUCAAUGGGCUUGCUUCGCAAGACGAAAAAACCGCUAGACGAAGACUCUCGUGGAACGGAUUAAUUUCGUCUUGCGAGGCACCACUGUAAUCAUGUGAAUAACACGCCUACUGAAAUUAGCAGAACUUAAAAAAUGCAUAACUAUAGCUUGGUUAGUUCCCAGAAGUAUUCUAGCAGGCAUUCAGAUAAUGAGUAAUAAAUUACAGUUGCUUAAACUUUGAUCACAUUUGAUAAGAAAUCAUUUUUCUGUGGUGGGUAGAUAGGAUUUAGCCUGAUAUUCAAAAGGCUUAUGCAGUUUUCCUACCCCCUUUGAUCUGCUGGGUCUUUGUUAUAUGACCCUUGACUCUCCAAUAAGGCAUGAUGCCAGGUUCAGAUCACCAUUUUGCCUUCAUCUGAACCAAUGUGUUAGUUGUUGCAACUCAAUUGUUUGUCUGAGGCAGGCUUUCCACUAUGUGAUCUGUGAACAGAACUCACCAGCUUGUACUUCUGCUUGUUUUUGUUCUUUGCAUUUACUGUCUGUUACAGAAUGUGUUCUUUCUGAGUGAAUUCAGGGGAGAACAGUACAAUGGCUCCUUUUAACAGUUAUGAAAAACAUUCUUCCCUCCAUGUUUCUGUGGUAACUACUAAAAUGUAAUUGUGUUGUGCAAAGAUUUUGUACAGAGUUCUUAUUUUGUGUUCUCUGUGUGUGUGUUUGAUGUAAACCAUCAGGUUUCCCCCACUUUCUCUUACCAUCAGUAACUUAAGAGUCUUAGAAUUGGAGUUCUUUGCUACUCUACCCUUAAAAUGCACCAGACAGGGGUUUGGUGACAAGGGGAGAAAACCCUGUCCUCAGAAGAUGUAAUUUCCAUAUCACUUUUACUGUGCAUGAUUGUCUGUGAGAAUUUUGUGCCCUCUAUAUCUUAUUUCUGUCAUUACUUUAGAACUUUUUGGAAGUAAUAAGAUUGAAGGAUCAGUACAUUUUCAUGAUCAAUUUCUUUGACUACAUAAAAGGUGCUUAUGAUGUUGGCAUUAAUGUGAUUUGAUUGUGAUAUCAAUAAGGGUUUUUUUCUGUAGAUAGCAUGAUCUUGACUUUACAUCUAGAUGGGUUGAUUAAGGCAACCUUUGUUGCCUAUGCCGAAAUUUCUUACAAUACCUUGUACUCUAUUCUCAGUCAAUUUUAUUUGCAGGUACAAUCCUUUUCAGCAGUGUGUUUUGUAUAUCUAUGAAGGUGGUGAAUAUUAUUUAUUCCAUAUCAGAACUGUCCCACUGCUUCCAAAUCUAACAAUGCUGCAGACCCUGAAGCACAUUUGAUGAUUACAUAAGCAAGCAAGACCAUGGCAGCUGUUCCUGAAAUAUUUGGCUGAUUUCCCAAGCAUAUGGGCUUUCCCCCCUUUGAAAUAACAUGGCAAACAUUUUAUGGAGCUCAGGUAACAUGAGAAACAUGGUUUGCUGAGGAAAACAGUCCUUUAAUGCGAGAAGAAGUUGAGAACCCUUUCAUUUCUUGCAAAGUCCAUUUUGAGAAGACAGCUUCUGGGUCAUGUGGCCAGCAUGACUAAGCUGCUUCUGGCAAACCAGAGCAGUGCACAGAAACGCCGUUUACCUUCCCACCAGAGCGGUACCUAUUUAUCUACUUGCACUUGACGUGCUUUUAAACUGCUAGGUGGGCAGGAGGUGGGGCCAAACAACGGGAGCUCACCCCGUUACAGGGAUUUGAACCGCUGACCUUCUGAUUGGCAAGUCCUAGGCUCUGUGGUUUAGACCACAGCGCCACCUGCGUCACCCUAGCCUAGUGUAGCUUUCUUUAAUUAGGAGCAGCUCUCAGGUAGAGAGAGACGUAUUGUAGCUCUGCUACCUAAGGUACUAAUAAACUUGAGAUGACGGGAUUGAAGCUGACACCUCAUAUACACACACUUCAUGUGUUCUGACACAUAGCAUUGACACUUCCCCAUUGAAAUAAUAGUAAACGCUGUAUAGAGGAGCAUGCUCAGAUAUGUGUGACUUGAUCUACUUCAGGAUUAUGUGCAAACGUGGUGUCCUCUCACUUUUGGGGGCAGGUUAAACUGGUUAAUUGGGGGUAAUGCUAUAGCUCAGUGAUAAAGUACAUACUUUGCAAAUGAAGUUCCUGUUUCGAUCCCAGUUAUCUCUGUCUAGGACUGGAAAAGACUCACUCUAGCUAAGGCUGAAACCCUGGACGGUCAUUGUCAAGGGUAUAGACCAGGCGUGGGGGAACCUCAGGCUCAAGCAUCAAAUGCAGCCCACCAGAACUUUCUUUCUUGCCCUCAGGACUCUUCCCAGGCCACGUGCCCCCUCUUCAGUCCUAAUCUACACCCUUCUGAAGUACUCUUACAUUAUUGGAAUGUGUCCUUGUACUGUGAUGUCUCUUGGUUGCCUUUAGGGAAAAUGAAGAGAUGUGUGCUUUGCACAUGUGUACGUAGAAACGUCUGAAUUUUGUGUGGCUGGAUACUGCCUGCAGAAGUAGUCACAUCCAUUGUCCCACUUUUGCCUCUGACUGUGCCCUCCCUGCCCCCAUCAUAUGGUCCCCAGUAGUUGCUUAUGAGGGAAAGCGGUUGUCAGGCUGAAAAACAUUUCCCAUUUCUAAUUCUAGGUAGCAUAAUUGUCUGAAUCCGCACAAGACAGCUUCCUAUACUUACAAACUUAAUUUUGACAUAUCAAAAAUGUUUUGUUGGGUACACUGUUUUGUGUUGGUGGGGCAGUGAAGGGUUCCAGGCUAUGGGUCUUAUUCAACUAAGCUUUAGGACCAUUUAAAUCAUGAUUAAGUUAAUUUCAAUGGCUCUACUCUUGAGUAAAACUGGUUGAAUACCAUCCAAUGCUAGCUGCAGUUUUAGAGGGUUGCUAGGCUAGGAUCAACUAUGAUUCAUACCAUUAUAUGUGUGGUGAGAGAGAGACUGUGAUUGAAGCUUUAUUUACUAUGGUAUCUUAAGGUGACCUAUAUAACAAAAUGAAAGGUAUCUGGUGUGCAGAUGUUCUCAUCUUCUCAGAGUUGCAAAACAGCAACAACAACGACACAGAUGCUGUAUGGAGACAGGAAUAUCUGAUAAUGUCUUUGCUCUGGCAGCUAUAAAGAUAAGAGCUAAAGUGCUGCUAAAUCGGCAGCUUUGCGAUAUCAAGUAGAAGUACAAAAAAAAUCAAGUAGAAGCACUAGGUGGCAGGAUGCAUUUAGCUUUAAAGCAAAACAUAAUUUCAAAAUGUAUCUUAUAUAUAUGAAGGCUUCCUUGUUUGCAAUUAGAAACACUGUCCUCUUCAUACAACUUAAAUAACUAUUAACACUGUACAAGAUAUAUUAGAAGUGCUUUGAGAAUUUUCACUACUGACCAAUAACGUUUAAUAUCUUUUCUGAAGCUUGAACCCAGUCCAAAACACAAAAUGGGGUCCAUCUUCAGAAAAGCUUUUCUGAGUCCUUUAAUACCUGGCAGUAAAUAAUAGUGAAUAGCAUCAGCGUCUUAAAAUUCUGCUGUAACACAGCUCACAAGGGCAGAGAUUGUCUGCAUUUGGUAGCUCAGUAUUGUUCCCAAUAUCAGACAACGUACUCUAUAAAGUGCACUACCCUUGUUCCCACUGCCCAGUGUGGAAUUUUUUAAAAGCAAGAGCGAGAGUGGCAGCCCUGGAAAACAUAAUUUAUCAUCAUUUUUAAUACUGAAAUUGUUCAUUCUGAAACAUAAUUGAGCUUCCAGCAUCUUAUUUUGCAGUCUUAAACUCUACCUUAUUCUAAAUAAGGUAUAUUAAAUGAUGGCUAACAAUUAUCUUAUUUCUAUAUCUUUAGUGGACAAGUUGCUGAUUAACUUUAUAGUACAGUGCUUAGUUGAUAGUUGAUGUUUGAUAUUUGCUUGCUGGUGUUAGUUAGCGAACCACUGGAUGUCACUAUUGUUCUUUGCAAUAGCACUUGGUGUUUUAUCUGGUAGUUAUCUAUCUGCUUGGGAACCUAUUUUGGAACAACAGUAGGUCAUAGCAAUUACAGUGGUACCUCAGGUUAAGUACUUAAUUAGUUCCGGAGGUCUGUUCUUAACCUGAAACUGUUCUUAACCUGAAGCACCACUUUAGCUAAUGGGGCCUCCUGCUGCCGCCGCUCUGCCAGAGCAUGAUUUCUGUUCUCAUCCUGAAGCAGAGUUCUUAACCCGAGGUACUAUUUCUGGGUUAGCGGAGUAUGUAACCUGAAGCGUAUGUAACCCGAGGUACCACUGUACUGUUGGCUAACUACUGUUAAAGGUAUAUUUAUACUCCUUGUUGAAGGAGACUCAAACUUGAACAUCAUGUCUCGUAGAAGACUUGUAUUAUUAUUUUUUAAGAUGAACAAAUAGAGCAUUGAAAUUAGGGAUUUUCUGAAAAUUCCGAAAAGCUUGAACUUUGAAUUUAAAGUGCAGGCUAUUAAGGGGGUGAACAAAAGGUUGUUGAGCUUUGUUAAAACAGAUAAUAGAUGGCACCCUUGAUAAAAGUGGGUUGUGGUGAUGAUAAAAAAAAUGCACACUGAAUUUAGGCAUGUUGAUAUUACAACUACAGGUCCCUUGUUAAGACUGAUAGCCUGGGACCUGAAGGUUUGUUCUGUCUUAUUGCACCACGAUUCAGUGUCACUUUUUACUAACUUAGUGGCUUUCAUAGAGGAUAUAAAAGUUUUUAAAUUUGUUCAGUGGAAUGAUUUCCUAUUUAGGAAGUUAGUGGGUUUGCUUGUUCAUUGUGAUUUCUAGCUUGGAAGAUACGGAUAAAAUAUGCUGGCUCAGAGGCUAAAUUAACAGACAUUGGUAGCUAUUAGCCAAUAACAGUUGUAGUGCAAAAUAUCUAGAGGACACUCAUUAUGUGUAGGCAAAGGGAUUCAACCUUUCCUCCGCAAAAAGAAAAGGGGCUGGUGUAACUGUAUUUCAGCUGAAUUUUUCUUUGCUAAUGGAACACUUGUGUAUUCCCUAAUAUACUUCUCUUCAUUAUUUAUCCUUGCCCCAAAAGAGAUGCAUUAGAUUUAUGGAGAUUCAUCAGAUAAAUGCACAGUUGUUACUAAUUUGAUAUAUGAGAUUCAGACUCCUUUUUGGGUAGUACUUUUAUUGCAGGUACCUCAGGGGAGAAAGCCGCGUAUAUAUCUUUAGCAUCCCAGAGGGUUUACAACAACCUUGCUUCUAUUUUAAGUGCAAGUAUGUGUACCACACCUAUACACACAAACUAACCACACAUGGUUUCUCCUGUAAUGUGUGUGUGUGUGUGUGUGUGCACAGCUUGUAAGUGAUGGAAUCUUGAAGCUUGAAACAUCGAGCUGGAAGGGACCACAAGGAUCAUCUACUUUAACCCCCUGCAAUGCAGGAAUCUUUCACCCAAUCAUGUGGGGCUCAAACCCAUAACCCUGAGGUUAAGAGUCUCAUGCUCCAACUACUGAGCUGUCUCUUAGGGCAAGUGUACUGAAUGAUAAUGUACUGAAAAGCAAUAAAACAGGAAAUGCCACCAAAACCUUUCUUAGUGGGUGGUGUACAGAAAGCUAAGACUAGUUGAUGCGACAGAAGCACCUGGUACUGCAAGUUGUCAGAAAAUCAUAUCAGCCAUGGGCUGAAAGAGUCAUGCAAAUUGGCCCCAAUUCUGCAGGCAAACUCAGAAAGCAGUUAGGAGCAGAAUGGGUAUCAUAAUGUGAUUGCAGGUUAUAGAGAGGGUGUUGCAACAGAGGGGAGGCUUAUGACAAUUCAGAAGAGUGAACAUUCUGACAAAUUAUAGUUUUCUCUGUUGUGAUUAUAACAACCACGUGAUAACCUUUCCUUCUGAAAAACUACAUGAAGGAGAAGGCUGCAGAGAUUGCUGGCUAUAUGAUGUGAAAACAUUGGGAUUGGUUUUUCCCCCUAGAAGGUACAACGUAACAUCAAAAUAUUUAAAUUACAUACAACUUUCAUGUUUGUCCUUGUGGACUUAGGUUUUGUUUUUUCAUGGAACAAAAGAAUGUCUUAAACAUGGUUUUCAUUCUGAAAACUGCUUCAAGAUCCUUCAAAAAGUAAGAAGCAGCAAUCAUUACUGUCCAAUCAUUACUGUAAGCUUAGCUUCUAAACUAGCUUCAUAAUCAUGCUCUAUCCCAAGUACUGUGUAGGUAUAUUUUAAGUCCUCUCUUGGGGGUGGGGAGCACUUUAAUUAACUAGGUGGUACGAAUGGGGUAUUAUAAGAGAAUUUUCUCCAAAUGGUCUUAUUUAUUGCAGCCAUAACUAGUGCUCUAGUUAAUUCUGUUUUUUCACUGAUAGUGGUUCUGAUAACAACCAUGUUCUGAUUGUAGAUAUUUCAAAAAUGUUAAAAUAUAACACACAUAUCUGUUGCAGGUGCAAGUACUGGCAUUAUGAUGAAAACCUGCUCACCUCCAGCGUUAUCAUUGUCUUCCAUAAUGAAGGGUGGUCCACACUCAUGAGGACAGUUCACAGUGUAAUUAAAAGAACUCCAAGGAAGUACCUGGCUGAAAUUGUAUUAAUUGAUGACUUUAGUAAUAAAGGUAAAUGCAUUUAAUAUCAAUAUUAAACCCAGCAAGAGCUGAAUCUGUCAUUCUACAGGGAAGUUGAACCAACAUAAAGAAAUACUGUGCUGAUAAUUCAGUGGUUUCUGCUCUUAAUAAGAAACCAGCCUGCAGAUUUAAGAAUAUUGAUCUGUGGAUAGAGUCGGUAGCAUGGUUUUCAUUAUAGAUCAGUUUUAAAAAAGAAAAAAAAAUAGCUUUAGUGAAUUAAUGUAGUUUGUUCUAGCCUAUUGAAUGAAGAAGCGUAAGUGCUAUCACAUUCAGCAAAUAUCUGUCUUUCUGUUUCUUUCAAUGGAGACUUUGCAGAAAAAUUCAAUCCUUCUCAAAGAGUAAUCAUGACUCAAAUCUUCAUUCAAGGCUACAUCUGUUCAGAGAUAAUGCAAGGGUUCCCUUGAACAGGAAUCAACACUCUCCUUUCCAACAUAUGGAUUUUUUUGACUGAAGGGUUUGUCAAAAUGGAUAGUGUAGGAAGCUUCACCUUUGCCUCUGUAGGUACUUCAACUGUCAGCCUUGGGUUUUCAUUGCAUUAAAUGCUUAUUACAGUAGCAGAGACUUUUAGAUAUAGUGUGAAAUCUGUCCCCCUGCACACGCAAAUUGUUCCACACACUUAUGGAAAGUUUGAGACGAUGAAGUGCUUAAGCUGAAAUAUGGGUAGGGGGUUGGAUUCCUAACAGAUAAAGUUAAUGUAGAUACAAAUGAAGGAGCAGGUGAUCAGGGUAAUAUGUAAUGCAAAUGAACCAAUAUUCCUUCUAUUCUGUGCUAUCUUCCCCUUUAUUUCUGAUGUAUAGAGAGAGAAUGCUACUGUCCCUUAUUUUCCUUUACAGCAUCUAUAGCAGAAUGUAAUAGAGUUGCAGAUGAGCAUCUUAAACGUGUGUGUGUGUGUGUGUGUGUGUGUGUGUGUGUUGCAUAGUCCUAAAAUAGCAUAAUGCUGAGAAAAUGCUAUAAUCCACAGCAGUGUUUUCCUGCCACAUUUGACUGUGGUAGCCUUAAAUGUUAAUAAAAGUCAUGAGUGAAGGUAUUUCAUAAUCUUUUUUUGCAUCCACAUUUGUCUUCAAAUUCAGACAUUACUAAUAUUUAUUGUGGAGAGUGAAUGCUACAUCUCCUUUACCACCUCCUGGAUUUUGUUGCCUAUAAAUGUUGACAUUUUAUUAUGUGAGUUUAAAGACUUGAUUAUAUUCAUUUUUGGCAUGUCAGAGAAGAGCUGUGAAUGUGUCACUCACCCACAGUUAGUAAAGACCUAGUGUAAAGCAAUAAGGAAUACACAGGGAAAAAAUGGAACACUUACGACACCAGGACAGCUUCCAUUGUUACAUUGCCUUACUCAUGUUAUAAAACUAUGGGGGGAAGUGAGUGCAAAAACUGCUGGAGGUUUGUGCCUUUCUGUUGUCAAAAGAGUCUAUAGUAUGAGUUCUGAACUUUUCCAGAGUUCAGACAUCACUUUCUUAGGUCUGACCUUUCCAACAUUAGAAGGGCACACAUCUUUUCUACUUCCCUACAUGUAUUUUAAAAAUCCAAGUAUUGUUGGUAGUAGUUUUUAAGUGAGGUUACAGCUGUUAUCAACAAAUAUGCCAGGCAGUGAUUUCUGUAAUAGCCUUAACUUCUGAGUAUUUAGAUAUUAAGUCAAUUAUAUUUAGUUUGUUUUUAAUAUAGAUUUAGUUUGUGUUGUAAGCUCUAAGCUAAAUAUUUUAUAACAAAUAUGGAAACUUCUUUUUUAUUAUUUGAUAGCACACUUAAAAGAAAGACUAGAGGAUUAUAUUAAGCAGUGGAAUGGCCUUGUAAAGAUUUUUCGAAAUGAAAGGAGAGAAGGUUUAAUUCAAGCUAGAAGCAUUGGAGCCCAGAAGGCUAAACUUGGACAGGUAGAAAACCAUUUGCUAAAUAAAACCCUUCUUUCCCUACAGUCUGAAUUUUGCUUUUAACAGAUCUUAAACCACUUGAUUAUUUCAAGUAUAGUUCUUAAUUGCAAAAUGGCAUAUGUAGUCUUUUAAAAGAUAGUUAUAAACUGAUGUCAACGUACAAUGCAAAAAGCUCAAUUAAAUCAAUGUGUGUUUUGUGUAAGGAAAUCUCAAAAUGAGUUGAAAUCUCCUUUCCUCUUUGUUUUAAAGGUUUUAAUUUACCUUGAUGCCCACUGUGAGGUGGCAGUAAACUGGUAUGCAGCACUAAUUGCUCCUAUAGCUAAAGACAGGUAAUAAUAAUCUGCUUAUUUUUAUACCUCAGAAAGCCUUUAACAGCAGCCUUAACAGUUAGUAAUUCACCCAGGGCAAGUAGCAGCUCUUUCUGGGUGAGUAACUUUUUAGCUCAGGGUGGUCCAACAUUCAGUCUGGGGGUCACACAUGGCCCUUGAGGCCUUUUUUGGUGACCCCCAGCCCACAUGCUGCCUUCCCAAAGCCGGGUAAGUGAGACGCUAGUUAGCCUAGUUAGUACUUUCUCAGCUUUGGGAAGGAGGUGGGAGAGCUCUAGGAUCCUGCCAGAGCUUUGCGCUUUCUUCCCAAAGCUUUGCUUAGCUGGCUUUGGACAGGCAGUGCAAGGGCUAGAGGGGUCAAAUUUUGGCAUUGCUCUCCCCCCUCUUCCACAACAAGUCGAUUGCGGCCUACAGGUUCCAUGUCAAAGUACUCUUGUGGCCCACUUGGUAUGAAAAGUUGGGCUGCAUAGUUCUAGCUCAUUCUCCAGGCUGCCUGAAUAGGCAUGAUAAAAACUUGCCUGCAGUGCUGUUCUAGUGAGAAAAAGAACUGCAUUAAGAAACUUGAUUUGUUUUUUAAGCAGUAAAACCAGUGUAAACAUCUGCCAAGGUUUGAAAACACUAAAUGCACAGCAGAUUACACUUACUAUGCAAAGUUUUUAAUCAGAAAAGUUUUAGGGGAUUUGGUCAACUUGGUAAAUUGAAAAGGAACAAAGUCUGGAACAGUAUACUUUGGGGUUCCCCCCUCCGUUAUGGCUUUAAGGUGUUGUGGAUUGUUAAUGUGACCAUAUAAGCAAAUCAAAGAUACUUAAAACAAGGUAUAAAAUAAUAAACGUCUGUUAUGAUAAAUGUCUGCAUAUGAGGAUUUCCUCUCAAAAGUACAAACCAGAACAGUAUUUAAAAAGUAAAUUCUAGCAUAUGAUGUUCUAACAUACUCUUGGUUCUAUUCCCCCCCUUCCCCUUUUUAAAUAAUAGAGAACUGUAGUUCGGGUCCUACAGUAGAAAGCUGAUUCUGGCUUUGCCACCUUGCAAGCAAGAAAAGCAGACAUCUUCAUUUGUGAAAUGUUGAAACACAUGCAAAAUUCAAAUAGUGUAUUCCCUGGUUUUAAAUCAUACCUGACCUUUCAAAAACUGUUUCCAAUGGGUUUAAACCAGUGAUGGCCAAACUAGGCCCUCCAGAUGUUUUGGGACUAUAACUCCCAACAUCCCUAGCUAUAACAGGACCAGUGGUCAAGGAUGAUGGGAAUUGUAGUCCCAAAACAGCUGGAGGGCCAAGUUUGGCCAUCACUGGUUUAAAACAAGCCUUCUGUAAACAAGACGACAGUCCUCUUUACUCUCAAAGCUUAAGAGACAAAUAUAUUCAUAUUUGCAAAAAGUGAAACACAUAGCUUCCAUCAUUCACCUUGAUAUUUUGUUAUCAGAAACCUGUGAAGGAAGAGGUAGAUUGGUGUGUUGAUGUUUCUGCUUUCAGCAUUAAUGUUUUCCUAAAUAAAUUUGACCUCAUCCUGCUCAUUCAUAAUCCCCACUCCCCUGCUUUCCUUCUGCAAGAAGAGCACUGUAUGUAUAUGCUAUAUUUAUUGAAGUUAUAUUGGAAUAAAAUGUAAGAGAUAGCAGAUGACUUAUUGGAUUAGACAGCUUAAUCUUCUCUCUUCCCCUUCCAUAAAUGUUUCAGAACUACAUGCACUGUGCCUCUAAUAGAUUACAUAGAUGGGAAUGACUAUUCCAUUGAACCACAGCAAGGUGGGGAUGAAGAUGGCUUUGCCAGAGGGGCCUGGGACUGGAGCUUGCUAUGGAAGCGUAUUCCAUUAAGCCACAAGGAAAAGGCAAAAAGAAAAUAUAAAACUGAGCCAUAUCGGUAAAGAAUGCUGUUUCAUUCUAUUGAUCUUUAUAACUCAUGCUUAUCUAAAUCCUUUCAUUUUUCCCCUUUCUUUUCCAUGAACCAUGUGAUUCGUUUAAAUGUGCCAUGUACCUGCUUUCAUCCUCACCGCCACCAUCCAUAAUCCUGCAGAACCACAUGCACUGUGCCGCUUAUAGAUGUCAUAGAUGGCAACACUUAUAACAUUGUACCCCAAGGGGGUGGUGACGAAGAUGGGUUUGCUAGAGGAGCAUGGGAUUGGAGUAUGCUCUGGAAGAGGGUGCCCUUGACCAAACGUGAGAAGGAAAUGAGAAAGACAAAAACUGAGCCGUAUCGGUAAUCACUAAACCACUUACACAUUUCUCCUUUUCCUAAGGAUGUACUGAACUAUUAAAUAUUUGCAUGAACUCUCCAGACCUUUAAAACAAAGCUAACAAAAGCAGAUACUCUGUGGAGAUACAUCAUUCUUUUCACUAAUCUGUGGUCAAGCUCUUCUAACACAGCCUUACUAACUCCUUUUGCUCUUCUGUGUCUUGUACUUAUAUACUCAGUUCUUUCAGCAAAAUGUAGGGUGGCUGCUAAUUGGAUUGUUUAAACGAAACCUGUGGUCUGCCAUUAUACCUUGAUUGUGUUAGAAAUUGCUUAGUAUCCUUAUUAGGUGCUGUUUUGUCCUGCCCGGACAGGUGAACUGACAUAUGGAACUAAUUGAUAGAUAUUUACAGAAAGAAAAUGCAUCAUCCAUGUGUCUUUUGUCUAAGUAACCUGUUCUUUUAAUGGCAAAGGGAAAUGUUAUGUUACUCUGAAUUUUUGCCUUUACCUAUAAAAUGAUUUGUUCAAAAACAAAAUUUGGCCAGAAAGGACUGAAAUUUUUCUAAUGUACCUACUUCUUCCCCUAAACUAACUAGGCUGCGAUUCUGCUUUGGUUCACUUAUGCUUCACUAAUCCUGCAACUAGAAUCCUUUUCAUUUCAAAAUUUCUUUUUUCCUGUAACCAAAGUAAAUGUAUUUUUGUAUUAUUUGAAUAUGCCAUAAUCCCAUUUUAAGAAUUCUGCUACUUUCAUUUUACUCUUACUUUAUUGUAUUUUUGGAACUAAUAUUCCAAAUCAUUUUCAAGAAAUUAUGAAGCUUUGGGCGACACGCACAAAUUUUUGCUCCCUGACAUAAAAAGUUGUGGUUCCUCUCACAGAAAUGAGCAUAUUUUUUUGCAUUUAUACACUAUUAAUAAAACAGUUCUAGGAAGGAGGAGGAAUGAAAUAAUUUAAAGUUAGCACAACAGAAAUUCAUCACUGUACAUUUAUACUUAUUUGCAUUUUCAUAUUUUUAUUAGAAUAUUGACACUGGUUAAUGCAUGUUAUGCAGGUUUUCACAUUGGCAUCUGGAGAGAAACCUGGAAACCUCCAAUACCACUUUUUAAGAACAGAAUCUCUAGUCCUUAUUAUUGUAGAGAGAGAAAAUGGGUUUGGUUGAUAAUGACCAACUGAAUCAGAACAUGCUGAAUGUUUUAAAGACCUAAAAUGGUACAUAAAGAAAAAUUGUCAUUGUUCAUUUUUGUAUCCCAUCUUUCCUCUGUUUUGCUCAGUAUAGCAUACAUAGGUAUGGGUUAAUCUAAAUAUUUUAAAUAAUGAAUUGAAUUUUGUUUAUACUGAAAGAAAAUAUAGCCCAGCAUCUUAACACUUUGUUCUGAGAUGUUGGUUAACUGCUUACAGUUCUGAUAGUGUCCAUUUGGCUUGGUUUUCACCUUUCAGCUGUUCUGAACUUGACACAAAUUCUUGACAUAUUAUGAACCAUUUCUCUACAACUGCAAUAAGACUAGGAGUGUUUUUAUGACUGUUCUAUGAUAUUUAAAGGAAAACAGGUCAUGGAGAAAGCAAGCCUCCAGCCCAGUUCUUUUUUUCCAUUCUGGAUCACAGCCUCUGUGACUGCUUAUACAUUAAAGUGUUGGGACUAAAUCAUACCAACAUUUAGUCUGUACCUUACCUGGUACCUAGGAUUCCAAAACAGUUUAGCCUGUUAUCUGAACUUUGGAGUUCAAACAAUUGCUAUAAACUUUUUAUUGAACACCAUUAAAGCUUUAUAAUUUCUACCUAUCAAAAACAAUUGUCAGUUGAUUCCUACAUAUAAAAGGGAUUCCUUCUGGCCCAUGGCAUACAAACGGUUAGUUCCUCUUCUCGUUCCUAGGUCACCUGCAAUGGCUGGUGGAUUGUUUGCCAUCGAACGUGAUUUCUUUUUUGAGUUGGGUCUCUAUGAUCCAGGUCUACAAAUCUGGGGUGGUGAAAACUUCGAAAUAUCUUACAAGGUAAGCAACCAUACCAAGCGUUGAUAACUAUCAUAUUUCAAGUAAAUAUGUGACCAUCAAUCAGCUCAGUUCUUACAAGUUUUUUUGUUUGGCCCAGGGACAGCAAUACUUUCCUUGUUUUCCAUCAGCCAACUCCUGAUUAGUGCCAUACAGACAACUAUGUCUUGCUGCACUUAUUAUGUUUAUUGCUUUUGAAACUGUUGGGCCUACACCUUGUUUUCUGUGGGGCUCUUCAUUCUCAGAUGUACCUUCUCAGCAAGGCCAUAAUGAUGCCAAAUUCUUGCCUCCUCUGAACCAAAGACUCAAAACCACUAGAGGACACAUCUGCCUCACAUUUUGGCACAUUAUCUGUUGACUUAGUGGUUGCUAAAGUAAAGUCUGAGACCUGAUUUUAUAGAUCAAUAUGGGUGUAGGUUUUAGUCACUGGCACCUUAUUCACGUAGCCCAGUUUUGCUUGUAAUUCUGAGGCUAGAGCAAAAUUAUUUUGUAGCAUGGAUAGCCUCUGAAGAUUAGAUGAGAGCGCUUCAGGUUUGGACAUGUUUGCUUUGAAAGUUGCUACAUUUCAACUUUGUUGAAAUGACAUUGAUACUAUAACACAAUUCCUAGGGACUAAGCUCCACUGUACAUAGUAGGACCUGCUUCUGAGCAAACAUGCAUAGAAGGAAGAUCUUAAGAUAUAUAUUGGAAAUCUUAGACCUGUGUCUGUUCCAGAUGUGGCUUAUUGGGUGGGAUAGAGCAGCUACCACUGGCUUCUUGGUAGAUGGGUCAUUGUUGUUUACUGGAAGGGAGAGUGGCCAGGUGGCAGGGAGAUUGGCCAACCUCCCUGCCGUCUCACUUCUCCCUCCCAGAAAGCAGUUCACCUGCUGGGAAGCCAGCAUAGGAGCUCUGCCCCAUCGGCCAAACUGCUUCUGUUCUGCUUUGUUAAAUAAUCCAGAAUAAUAUCAAGUUCUAUGCAGCAAAGCAAAAUGUUUUGUUUAAUCCCUCCUAAUAGAGAGAGAAGGUUUGAAAUCAUACAAACGAUAGCUGAGCUUACUGCAGUUUAAGGGAUUUACAAAUACCACCAACAAAUUCUGAAAAAGUGGUUAAAAUUGCUCAAGGUGUUGAAGCGAGUUAUUUAAUAUUUCAAUUUAAAACUUAAUGGGCACCCUAAAAUGACAUGUAAUAUUAAAUGAAAUUAGUUCCUAAUAUUAUCUGCGGAUAUAACUUCUAUAUUGAAUGCAAUCCAGUUAAGAAAUUAGGCAAUUGUGACUACUUGUCAGUGGGUGCACUAAUUAUUUGACAUUUUUUCUUUCAAAUGAUAUGUAAGGUGGUGGUGGUGGUUAGUGACAUCUUACAAUGAUGCUGAAAGCUUUGAAAAAUAAUAAUAGCUAGUACUGUAAUUUAAUGUUUACAAGUGUUUUAUGAGGUCUUGCAAGUUGUGAAUGUGUAAUUCUCCCGUUCUCAUCUCUUUCAACAUAUAAAAACCUGCAGAUUUGGCAGUGUGGAGGGAGGCUUCUGUUUGUGCCUUGUUCUCGUGUUGGACACAUUUAUCGUCUCCAGGGAUGGCAAGGGAAUCCACCUCCAGCGUAUGUUGGAUCAUCUCCCACUUUAAAGGUGAAGUUUUAUGUCUUUAGCAUUUGAUUCCUAAAAUAAAAAUCUUAGACACAUUCAAAUCUAUACCUUUUUCUCUUCCCUAGAUGAUGAGUUUUAUUCCAACUGAAUGAAAACAUGUAAUUUGAUUUUUUAAAAACACACCUAAGUUAAUCGUUUGUGUGUGCGCACGCAUUUGUGUAUCUGUAGAACCACUCACUAAUCCCAUGGUUUCAUAACUGGAUAACCAUGUUGAGGGCUGCUCAGUGUUCUUCACCUCCUAACCAAAAAGAGCAACCUUUUAUUUUAUUACUAAAUUUGGGAGUUUUUAAAUUAUACCUGUAUUCCUGAAGGUGUCUUUAUUUUUUAAAUAUAGAAAAGCACACACAUAAUACCAGCAUUUUGUUCAAUUAAAGUUGAUAUAAAUAUGAAUGCUGCAUAAGAAUUUUCCUUUAACUUUCUGGGAAAUGAAACUACAGUGUGUUAUCAAAAGAUUUACCCACAAAUGAAGUGUGUACGCACAUAAAGUGAUAAAGAGAAAGCCUAGCCACAAUUACCCAUGCUCUGGUAAACUCUUGUUUGGGUUAUUGUAAAAUGAAUUUGGUAUAUUUUUUCCCACAGAACUACGUCCGAGUUGUGGAGGUCUGGUGGGAUGAAUACAAAGAUUACUUCUAUGCUAGUCGUCCUGAGACAAAAGCACUAGCGUAUGGUGAUAUAUCUGACCUGAAGAAAUUUCGUGAAGAUCACAAGUGCAAAAGUUUUAAGUGGUUUAUGGAAGAAAUAGCUUAUGAUAUAACUUCUCACUAUCCUUUACCACCUAAAAAUCUGGAGUGGGGAGAGGUAAGUGCAGUGUUUUUGCAGAUCCAUUCCUUGAUACAAGUCAUUAUUUCAGGUGUCCUGAGCUACAGCAGCCACAAAGAGUCCUAUUCCCCUUGUUCUUCCAGUCCAGAAUUAAUUAUAGGAAGGACUAGUGUGUGCUGGAAAAACAAGGGGAAUAGGAAUCUCUUUGUGGCUAUAUUCAGGGAAGGAACCAGCACAUUCAAACUCUAAAACUGUUUAGUUUAGAUCUGCAUGAAUUACUUGAGUCCCAAGGCUUUUGAACAAAACAAUAAGUUGAUGUGAAAUCAGACCAGAUUUCAAUAUAGGAAUUGGCAAAAAAAAAUCUAGCACUAGAGCUAGCAUAUGUCCAUUUAACUCGAAGUUGACUGGGUUAAAUGUGAACAGUGGACACAGAGAAGAUAAAAAGUUGCAAGAAUGAAAAAGAAGAAGAAGUGACACUGUUUAAAUUGCUAGCAUGAAGAUGGAAAAAGAAAGAAGAAUCCAGCUCUUACUUGAUUAUUUUUCUCAGUGUCGUAACUUCCUGUGUGCUAAUCUGCUACUGACUCACUUGAAAGAUUCGUUAUCUCCUCAUUCACUCGGCAGAGCAGGGAGAACUCAUCUUCCUUGCUCUGGCAUGUGUGCAAGCCUCUAGUGCUGCUGAUUUUCUCCCCUUCUCUGCCCCCCGCCCAGUGUGCACACUGCACCAUACCCAAAUCUGCUCCAAAGAUUGGGUGAAACUCCUAUAACAAUGUUAGGGAAUAUGCAGUGGGGGGAGAGGUACCGCCAUACAAGGAGAACUCCUUGCAGAGACAACUGAAAGAUUUAGCUUUAUGUGGAACACAAUCCACUGAACUCUCCUUGCUAACUAUAUUUACUUAUAGGAAGGCUAUGUACCCCAAGCUCCAGUUCUGCUGUACCUUUUUGUAUAGUAUACCAAAAGGGUGCCCAUAACAUCCAUUGGUACAGUGGUGCCUUGCAAGACGAAAUUAAUUCGUUCUGCGAGUUUUUUUGUCUUGCGAAUUUUUCGUCUUGCGAAGCACGGUUUCCCAUAGGGUAUUAACGGUUUUAAGAAAAAGGAAACAAACUUGCAAGACGUUUUCGUUUUUCGUCUUGCGAAGCAACUCAAAAAACGAAAAACUCUUUCGUCUUGAGCGUUUUUCGUCUUGCGAGGCAUUCGUCUUGCGAGGUACCACUGUAUAGCGGAUUUUUUUCCUUAUAAUAGUUAUCAGUAUUCUGACUCCAGCACAUUAUGUUGAGGUCUUCGGAGAGCUGUGUAUGUCAUUUCAGAAAUCUCUGUACAACUACAUAAUACUUUUUUUCAUAAGCAAGUUAUUAGCUUCCUAAUUUUAUUUUGAAAUGUUUAGCUACAAUAUAAAUUAUACAUGUGUUUCAGAUCAGAGGCUUUGAAACUGCUUACUGCAUAGACAGCAUGGGACAUUCCAAUGGGGGCUUUGUGGAACUUGGACCAUGUCACAGAAUGGGAGGAAAUCAAGUAAGUAGUCUCAAAGCAAGAUCUUUGGAGUGCCAAAAGGAAUACUAAAAGAUUAAACUUUUGCUUUGGAUUUUCCAUCGCUGUAAACAGUACUAAAUUAGUUGAAGCACAACUUUACACACACACACACACACACACACACAGAGAGAGAGAGAGAGAGCGCACACUGGGAGCUGUCAUGUGUGUGAAGUCCACUACUACAUUAUCACAAUAAAAUUAUAAAUCAUAUUACUGAACCACCCUGGGUUCCUUAGGGAGGAAGGGCAGGAUAUAAAUUAAAUAAUAACCAUUAUUUUUAAUUGUCUUACAUAGGGAACUGUUGUGGAUCACAAAAGCUUUGCUGAUGGCUCAAAUUUAGAUACUAUUUGUGCUUAUUUCUACGUUUCCUCUGCAGCCCCUUGUACCUUCUGAAAAUCUGCUUGGGGGAUUAGGGGCUCCUAUGGAGCAAUUUGGGACAGCUUUAGGGAGAAAGGAGAAUCACCAAAAAAUUCUGCCUCCUCCCCUCCACCAAAUGGAUCAAAAGCUUUCUGUAGAUGGAAAGAAAAUGAACCUUUCUGUUCAUGGAAGGCUAAGUUUGAAUCUAAUCCAAGUUGUUAUAUUUUGGGUAUAUAUCGUGUGUUCUAAACUACUUUGAGUGCAAAGUUUACCCCAAAAAAGUGGUAUACAAAUAAAGUGACUAUGACUACUAUAAAUUUUAGGAUAAAACAAUAUAUAAAAACCUAAAAACACAUAUAUGCUAGGGGAAGUCCAAAUCUAUAUUCAUAACAUUCAUUUUAUUUAAAAGCAUUUCUAGACAGCUUAAUAUGUUAAAAUCCCCAAGGGGUAUACAAAUAUGAGAGUCUAGCGUAAGCGUAUUUCCAAUCAGUUUCACCCAGCUAACAGUGAAAAGUUUCCAUUGGCAGAAUGAGAACGAAAGCAUUUUUUCAGCAUUUACCCCUGCAGCCUCCUUGUGACUUCUCUAAAUCUGCUGCAGAGAGACCUCCAACUCUCUGGAGCCAAUUUAGCAGGGUGUUGCUUUGGGAAGAGAGAAUUGCUGAAAAUUGCUUCCUCUCCUUUCCAGCUCAUGGGAGCCUCCUAUCAGCUAAGCAUGAAUACAUCCCCAUAGAAAGCCUUUCAUGAUGGGAGUUUCAGCAACAUACAACCCCUUUCUUCUCCUUCUACCAUCACUUCAUACCAUAACUGAUGAGUGAUGUUGGGAUUCAGACCAGUAGCCCUGACCUCUGUGAUUCAUUCAACUCAUUACUGGUAUUGAAGGCCAGUGUUUGGAAUGCUGAUGUUUAAAUCAGAAGACAUGUGUCCAAAUCUGGCUUCUGAUGAACAAUGCCAUUUUCCCCUUUUGGCCCUAACAUUUGCUCACAGUUCAUGUUGUCUGACCAAUCCAAAACAUAUUGUAAACCUCUAAGAGGCUUUAUUACAAUCAAGUGAUAUGUUGUUGUUGCUUAGUUGUUUAGUCGUGUCUGACUCCUCGUGACCCCAUGGACCAGAGCACACCAUAUUUUAGUUUUGUUAAAUACAGUAAAAAUGUUACGAUUAUUGGUGCUCAGCAAAUUUUAGCUCCUUCCAGUUGCACAGCUUACUGUUUCCAAAUCAAGAAAGCAAUAUUGGGCCCACUUACCUGCAGAUGUAAACAAUACCUCAAUCACUGAUAUGCGUGACCACAUGACAGAGCAUUGUGAUGGACCUUGUGUAUCUUUAGGUCAUGCUGGGAUUUACUUCUGAGCAGACAAUGUACUGUGCUUGUCUGUAAAAGUCUCUUGCCUUCAAUAUACUUCUAAAAAGCAAAAGACAAGUAUAUUGAAUAAUUGUAAUGUUGCUUCUGAGCAGUAUCAUUUUUAACAUGUCAGUUAUUACUUUAGCAUUUCAGCAGUUACUGGUAUAAAAUAUAUAGUGGUUUUUAAUGUUAUAUUUUUUCCUAUUAGUUGUUCAGAAUUAAUGAAGCCAACCAGCUCAUGCAGUAUGACCAGUGCUUGAGUAAAGGACCUGAUGGCACCAAAGUUAUGAUUACACACUGCAAUCUAAAUGAAUACAAGGAGUGGCAGUACUUCAAGGUAUCUAAUCAGUGAUAUGAAUUUUCAUCUUCUCUUGUGAGCUAUCUGUGUACUGAAGAAUCUUAUAAUUACUUUUGUUGCUUUCAAUGAUGGAGAAAUAAGAUUUGGGGAUAUCUGGCACAGUUCUUUCUUUCAAAAGUAUCUUGCUUAGGCAACAGUGCACUUUAUUUUAUUGUAAACAUAGGAGCCAUAUUGGAGGACACAAAAAAUGGAAACUUAAGUGCACAGAUGAGAUAAUAUAUCUUACCUCUUUGUUGGCACGUUCUCCUCUUCUACCAGAAAACCAAUACAUCAGGAUAGACUAGCCAGGGAGUAUAUACAGAACUUAAUUGACCUCUAGCAAUUAAUGAACAGACUGUCUCUGAGCACGAUCAGGUGGAUUUCCUUCCCAGCUGAAUGAAAGCAGCUCUUCCACCCUCACCUCAGGUUGGGAGUCAAGAUUCACACUGUCUCAGCUAUGAAUUUAAUUUCCAUAGAGACUUGAGCCUUAACAUAUAGAAGGAUGGGGGUAAGGGAAAGCAUGUUAAUAGGAUCUGGGCAGGGGGAGAAUGAAGGGGCACAACAAGAAGAAGAAUUGCUAAACAGGAAUACAGAGGGGGCAUUAAAAUGAUAUUAGGUAAGAGUGAUUGAUAUAUUGUCUGAGACAUGACUGGGGCAGGGGAGCAAAGAAGGGUACAGGAAAGAAUAUUGGAGUAACUGAUGGCCUACAGUACAUAGGGGAAAAGAGAAUGUUGAUGUUCUCUUCCCACCACCACCACCUUCCCUUUGUAAAUACAUUUCGUAACAUCUAAUAAAAGGUAAAGGGACCCCUGACCAUUAGGUCCAGUCGCGGACGCCUCUGGGUUUGCGGCACUCAUCUCGCUUUACUGGCCGAGGGAGCCGGCGUACAGCUUCCGGGUCAUGUGGCCAGCAUGACUAAGCCACUUCUGGCGAACCAGAGCAGCACACGGAAACGCCGUUUUCCUUCCCGCCGGAGCGUACCUAUUUAUCUACUUGCACUUCAUGCUUUUGAACAGCUAGGUGGGCAGAAGCAGGGACCGAACAACGGGAGCUCACCCCGUUCCGGGGAUUCGAACCACCGACCUUCUGAUCGGCAAGCCCUAGGCUCUGGUUGAAUUAUGUGGAAUUUGAGGGGAUGGGAGAGAUCACCAGUCCAUGCCUUUUGAGCAGUUGAUUGCUGUGACCUAUCCCAAAUGCUGUGGCUUCAGAAACUGUUGUGUCCCUCCCUCUCUCCCCCUCACACCCCCUGCUCAGAAAUUUAAACCCUUAGUUAUAUAUGAGCAAGGUUACCACUGAUACCCUAAUCAUCUAAUGUGUUGCUAUCUGCAUUAUCUGAAACCCUUUAUAUAAAGGGUUUCAGAUAAUGCAUAUAUCAAUGCAUUAGAUUGGGGUAUCUGUGGUAACUUUGUUCAUAUAUAAAGAAAUAAAAUGUAUUAAUCAUUUUCAAGGCAAACCAUAUAGCAACUGAUAAGAACGGUAGUUUCAGUAGGACUUGGAUAACUUUUAAGAAUUGUCAGAUUGUUCUUGGGAAGUAACAGCUUUUUGCUUGCUUCUUGUUUUUGCAGAAUCUACAUAGAUUUACCCAUAUCCCUUCAGGAAAAUGUUUGGACCGUUCAGAAGUUCUACACCAAGUGUUUAUUUCAGAGUGUGACUCAAAUAAAGCAACACAAAAAUGGGAAAUGAACAAUAUCCUUAAUGUGUAGACAAAAUAAGCCCAGACCUACCUAUGACAAGUUUAAUUCAUAUAGGACUGAAGAUAGCCUGAAAACUGCUGCAACUAUUAACUUCGUACAGCUGCGAGCCUGGAACCUCUUGAUCUAGAUGAAGGACGUAGAUGGACAGUGAUAGAUUUAUCAACUUGCAGUUGAUGUUUACAAAAACUGCUCUUACCUUAAACUUUAAUAGAUGUUUACAUCUCUCUCUUUUUUUGUUUCGUUUUUAGGAUGUUUUUGUUUUAUGGUGCGUUAGUUAAUAACUGAAUGUGCUUUUGACUUUGUUUCUCUUUUACUAGGAGCAAAGCUAAAAGCACCAACUUGGAUCUGAAGUAGCGGGAAGUGGUUUGCAGUCAUGCAAAGGGUGCUUUUCUGCACCAUCUUCUGGUGACAGCCUCCACCCCAAAAGCCCCUCCUGAUGGCUGGAGGAACUUCUGGAAUGGCUUUUUGAGUGGCAUAAAGGGCUGCGAAUUGGCAGCUUCCCAUGUGUGCAUAAGUGCCAUCCACUUGCACACAGGCAGGGGAAUUGGAUCCAAGCAUGUUGUUGUCUUCUUUGGGAUUACACUCAGGGGUCUGCAGGCAGUUUUUAUUUUUUUAAACACUCACACUUGAAAAAGGUUGGAGUAACCAGACUUUGCUAUAACGUGGUGAUUAUCAACCUGUUGUACGUUGUUUUGAUUUUACAUCUUACCAAGCACUGCCACAGGUUUUUUAGCCAGGGUGGCCUUCUUUCACAGUCAUGCUGCUUUUUUGAAAGGUGAAUUUUCAAUGUAUUUAGUGCCUCUUUAAUUUUUCCUCUGUAGUUCACAAGAAGAAGAAAAAUCAUCAUAGAACAAGUUAGUCAAAGUCUUGUGGUUUAAGAUAUUGCCAAAUUUACAAUAACACUCCUUAUUUCAUAUAGUUAAGGGCAAUAAAAUAAGACACAAGUCAUAACAGGGAUACUGUGAGAGGAACCUGAAAUAGUGAUGCUAAAGCUUCACUGGAACCUUUGGAAAGAAGGUUGUGGUUAAUAUAUACUUAGUAGCACUUAAAUCCAUGAGCCACUUGUGUAAAAUAGCAUUGAAGCAGCUUACAUCUUCUGUGUUACAGUAUAUAGCUGAAACUGAAAUUUAGCACUAAGUGAUGCAUUCAGUGGAAGUGAGCACUCCAAAUUGCAACUAAAAAAAAUUCAGGCACUAACUUCCCUGCUGUAUCAUGCCUUACGAAACUUCUGUAUAUGUCAAAAUUGAAAUAUGUGUACAUCUGCACAAUGUAGAACAGUAAAAUUGAUCCAAUUCACUUUCCUUGUGAUAAAUGGGAAUCUCAGAACUGGAUUAAAAAAAAGAAAUCAAAAUUAUUUUACAAGCACUCAGCAUGUAAAGGGAUAUUGUCAACUAGCUAAAGAUCCAUAUAUAGAUUAGAAAUGAGCAAAUGGGAAUUGAAGGUGAAUUCAAAGGCUCUCUUCCUUCCUCCAAAGAAUUAGAAUGUUUAAACUUCAGGAUUGUGUUAUGACUCCAAAUUAUAUAAUGACGCCAUGGCAUGAACAGAAAAUGGAAAACAAAGAUACUGAAAAGAUAAAAACUAAGGGAAAGUUUCUUAAAACAUUUGUGCUGAAUAUUACCCUAAACAUGGCGGGGGGGGAGAGAGAUAAUAAACAAUACUGGCUUCAAUAUUUAAUCCAAUUCAAAGGCAGAGAUACUAAGGUUUGGUAUUAGUUUCUGGCCCCUGCUGUACAGUUAUGCACACCUGAAUUCUACUGAAAUCAGCUAGGUUCAUAUGCAUGUGACUCUGCAGGAUUUUUAGCUCAAAAUUAAACUCGGUGAUUUGAUUAAAUUCCCAUAGUAUUAACUCCUUGAUCUUCACUCAAGCAACUCCUAAAAGUGAGCAAUGGAGAUGCUUCAGUUACAAGGCCAAAUCUUGGUUUAGGUGUAGCUUAGUGUUGUGUUAUAACAUUUAGUGAACCCAAAACUCUGGCCUUAACAAAGGCCUGCUACAUAUAGUUUGGAAUCUUUAAUUAUUUCUUUGGUGUUGAUCUUUUGGGCCUCCUCUGAAAGGUGUGAAUAAUUAAAUUAGAAAAUGGAGGAAGAAAUAAAAAGGAUAAUAAGGGUGUGGGUACAUUUUCUUGUUUGUAUGUAUGAAAACAGAUUUUCAUUUUCUUUGUUGGACAGAGGUUAAUUUAAUCACAUUACUAUGCAUAAAUGAAAGAUUGCACAUCGAUUGUGCAGGCGCGUGUGUGUAUCAAAUGGGUAUUGUGUGCAAUUACAUUAAAAUCCAAUACUGUAUGUGAAUAUGGAUCUGUAUUUUUAAACUCCAAAUCUUACAAAACAACAUAAGCUGUUACUCCUAAUGACUUUUCCUACUGUAACCUGCUUUUUGAAAAGUAGAUUCCAUAUCCUUGCUUUGUAAGUUGAUCACUAUGCAUUUCUACACAUUUUAUAAAUUUGAUUUAUGCAGAUUUUGAUACACUGUAUGUUUCUGUAAAGACUGUAUAAAUCUUCAAAAGUUUUAAUAGGGAUGAAACUUGGGUAUCUUGUGUAUAUCUUAAUUCUGGGUUGCUUGUUUUUUAGGUGAAGAAAAUAAAUUUUAACUUGUGGGUUUAUUAU